GUGCCGUCGCCACCUAUCCUUCGCCUCCAAUCAAGGCGUUAAAACACCGAGCCCAGGGCGUGGCGGGCGGGAGAGGAGGUCUCUCCUCCCCCCCGCCGCGGCCAAUGAGGGUCUCGGGGGGCGUGGCCUGUGUCCAUGGGGAUCAGGGCUGGGCUCCGGCAAGGUCUCUGUUCACCCCUAUUGUUCGUUGGAGCGAGUCACUCGGCGCGGGGUGGAGCGGAGCGAGAGGCGAGCAGGGCGGUGGCGACGGGGCCGGCAGGUGGGUCGUCGGAGGGGUAGGGGUGUGGGGGGGUGCGCGUGGGCCGAGGGUCCCUGGAGGGAAGUGGGGGGGCCGCCCUAGGUGGGCUCCUGAGGAGACGCUGGCGGGAGGCGGCGGCCCUUGGCGGGGGAAGCGGGUGGGUUUCCUCUUCAGGAUAGAGGGGAGUUGCUAGGGAGGAAACUACAACUGCAAAGUAAGAACCGAGGAGGGACUUGCAUUGGAGUCAGUGCGGAGGGAUUUGGGGUCGGGGGGUGUGAGUGGAGCCCAUGACCCGAAACUUAUCUCUCCCUCCCAGGAGCAAGGCUGGUGGGCAAAGGUUAAGCCUUGUGGUGCUUUUUCGGGUGGGAGCAAGGGAGCCAGCCUCCUGUGAGUCACAGAAGGGUCUUAGCGAGGACUGGGAGUGCCCUGGCGUGGGUGGGCGAAAAGGUCCCGGGGGCGGGUGGGGGUCGUAUUGUGGGGCUGGGGGACAGGCAAGAAAGCGUUAGCGCCUUAAGGGCAUCUAAGGCGUGUGCUUUCUGAGGAGGAGUGGGGGGUCACCGUUAUGGGGACUGCAUCUGUGGGGUUGUUUUUUGUAGAGCCCCCCCUUUUUUGGAUUAGAAGGAGGCGAGCUGGAUAGGGAGGGGCUGCCUUCAUGGCCCCCUGUUGGUCUAAAGGGGCUGUGCUGGACGGUUUUGCACUUCCAGGGGUUAUGGGGCUGUUGGGUGCAACUGCCUGGAUCCAAAGUGGGUCUGAAGGCGGGGGUCGGGUGGUGGGGGGUUCAUGCAGUGUGAGGACACGGGGGUGCAGCGCACAAGGUUGUGAGGUGGACUAGUUCGGGAGCAGAUCAGGAGACAGUAAGCUGGAAAUAGCAGCGAGCCCAUGGGGGGCUGCAAAGCAUAUUGAGGGAUGGGGAAGGAAUCGUCCUUGAGUCCUAGGCUGGGGUUAUGGGUCAGUGGGGGAGAGAUUCAAGGACUGGAGAGAAAGGCUGACAGGGAGGAUUUCUGUUAUGGCUAGGGAUGGGGGGUCGGGAUGGAUGUCCACUGCGGGAAGUGUUUCCUGAAGUUGAGAAGGGCAAACCAUUAGAGAUUGUGGAUUCAGGGAGUUCCCUCUGGUGGGAAAGGGAAGGCAGUAGAUGGCUAAACUAAUUGGGGCAGGGAAUCACAAGAAGAUCCUUUAGUUUGGAGUUGUGCUUGUUUCUGUUUGGGGGUUGGUGCCCUUGGAAAUGUCAUGGGUUUUUGUCUCCAGAAUAAUGAGGAACGCUGGCAGUAUGAGUGAAAGCAAAUAUGCUUGUUUACAUGGGAUGAGGAAAGAUCAUGUUUGUGGCAAGUUGGGUGAAUUUUAUAGGAAAGUUGGGGUUGUGUCUUUGACUUGGAAUUUUGCAAGAAUCUGCUUUCCUAAAAUUGUGGGCUUUUGUGUCUUGCACUGGACUGAACGUCAAGGCAUAAAUAGUCCAUGUUUCUAUAUGUGACAGUUCGGUAGCAUUCUGUUUGGUGGUGAAGGGAGUUAAGCUUGUCUGUACCACCUGCCUGUGUCCAGCUGAAAAGUAUGUACCGUUUAAAGUAAUGUGUGAUUUAACAAUAUUCCUAUGUGACUAAGGAGUGGCAGUCUCCUUGGUACUUUUCACAUUUAUGAUUUUAAAGAGCAUUUGUGGAGUUUGUGUCAUGUAUUCCCCUGUUGUAUGUUGCAGUUUCGUAAUGCCUCUCCCAGACACGCCCUUUGAUCAGUGUUGUCCCAGAAGCAAAUUACUCACCAUCCCUCAGCCAUUUUAAUAGAAUUCUUUUGAAGAAAGAAGCAAUUCUGUACUCUCAUUCCCUAUAAAGUGCAAGUAAUUAAAGGAGUUAAUAUGAUGGCCAUUGGGAUUUCAGGCAUACUUGGGAUAACUGAAUGUCUGUUUCUUUAAGCUGUGGAACUGCUCACAGAAAUCAGCAACAAUGCCUUUCCUAAUUGUCUUGGUCAGAACAAAAUAAUCAGAUUAUUCUUCCUUUUAACGGCAAGUAGGUACAGAGAUGUGAAGACCCUCUGCUCCUUUCAAAGGCUCUUCCCUACCUCACCAAAUCUCAGUGUGAUAUAAACCUUAGCUUACUGUGGAGAGACCAACAAUAUGUCAAUUGAUUUCUGAUGACUUCCAGGAAGUAAUUUUGAUGAUCUUUGAAGGGCCUCUUAGAGUGCCUCUAAAUGUGCUCUGCAAUUAACUGUUUUGAUUUGAAUAUCAACUGUUUCUGCAUUAAUAUGGAUAUAAGUAAUGUCUCAGGUUCUAGAACUACAAGCUCUCCUUACAAAUUACCUAGAUUCCCCUUAAUGUGGAACAAAGCUAAAGUUAUGUUAUACAGGGUAAUAGGCUGUUGGAAAGGGGAAACUGGAUUUUUACCAAAAUUGGCACCCUUAAACAAAUGUUCCCAGCACUGGGCGCUUUGGAAAACUGUGUUAUUUAAGAGACUAGUGAAGUGAUCACAAAAUUGUGUGAGAAUCUCUGAGAUGAACAAAUCUCCUUUAUUAGCUGUCAGAAUUCCCAACUGGGAGGGGCUGCUAUGUAUGGUGCUGGUAUGUAAUCAUUGUGCUUCUCUCUCAAGCAAGUUUGGAAAGAGAAAAAUGGACUUCACUGUAGCUGUGGAAUUGCUAUUAGUUACAGGAGGAGGUAUAUUCUUGUGUGAACCUGACUCUUCCCGUGCCCACUGUUUCUUGGGCACUCUGUUAAAAAAGCAAACCUUCUGUAGAUGAAGGAAAGUUGCCUAUUGCUAGGCCUAUUGCUUAAACCAUUAGUGUCUUGACAUGUUUGCUUUCUGACAUAGCUGUGCUAUUAUUGUUUUAAAAGACCCAGAAUGCCAGACAUUUUGCUGCUUUGUCUGUAUGCUGAGUGAGUCAUGUGGGAACCUUGGUGUGUUUCACAAGAAGCUGGGCGGUGUUCUGGUAGAGGGAAACUGGAAACCAAGAAGCCACUGAGGAGCCUGUCUUGUUUGCGUAUCCUGUCUCUUCCAUUUCCCCCCACUCAUACUCAGCUGUCUUCUUACCAACUUAUAUAAUGGACAGAUUGUGUGUAUGAGCAAACAGGAAUGACACUCUUGUGAUUAGAGAAAAGGAAGUGGGCACUUGCAGCUAAGAUUUCAUUUUCGAGGGUUUGUGGUGGAGCUCCUGUAUGACCUUGGAAUAAGCAGCUGUACUUAACUGUGCAUGCUAGGAAGAUUAUAUAUUACUUUCAGUGUGCAAGGAGCUGGUAUUGUGCAUUAAAGAGAGACCCCAUGUUCUGUGGACGGAAAAAAAUAAUUAUUACACCCUAACCAGAUUUGUGUGAACUUUGGUUUUGUAAGCCAUCUUUGAAUUCUUCUUAUUCAGGUUGGGCUCGGAUACUGGGAGCUGGACUAGAAUUCCUGAAGCUGAUAUGAUCCUGAAAAUAGUAUGUAGUUUGUUAGUACCUGGGAGAUGAAGGGCCGCAUUUCACCUCUGCUUUGAAGUUAUCCAGUACCUCUGGACCACCUGCAUGUCUUCUCAGUUCUGUAAUCAGAAAAUGGGGUUGUUACAUUUUUUUCUUGUUGUCCUCACUUAGCCCAUAAGUGCUUCACAGAUGAUUAACAACAAUGAUAGUUGCACCAGUACUACACCAUAACACCCCCCCCAACUUUUGUAUUUCUAAUCACCUGGUUUUUAGAUAUGUAGUUCUUACGUAUAUUCCGCGGAAGUGUGCUUGUAGCAUUUCCCCCCUACAACUAUAAGGGCCUGGAAUUUGAAACAAAAUGUGCAAAUCUCAGGGUGUUCCAUGCUGGAGCUGUUGCGAUAUGUGUUGCCGCAAUGAUGGCUAAGCAUGCUUCUCUAGACACCGCCUCUCUUGCUUUGUACAUAGCUCCCUGGGAGAUUUGAGCAGAGGAGCCUAUAAUGUGGUUCUUGGAUUCUGAUUGCUAUCUGAAUGCCUGCAUUCAUAAGCCAACAAGAAGCUUGCUUUUGAGCUCUGGCAGUGUGCACACAUCUUCUGGUGAUAUUUGUUUUAAACUUUACUGAUGCUCUGACAUUUGGAAAGUUGUGUUCUCUUCCCCCCCACAACCCACCCCAAUUUCCUUGGACAUGUAAAGUUUUUAGAUGUCCUCAGCCUGAAGGAAACUGCUGAAUUUGAGUUGGGGAUUCUUUUAUAUGCUGCUGCCUUUUAGUCCUGGCAGAGGGUGAGGCGAAGGGUGUUCUAAUUGCAUUAGCCAAAUGAUUCGCUUAAUUAAUCAGGCUUGCAGCACAGAUGAAAGGAUAAGACUGGGAGUUGCCUGGGAAAGGAAAAGCUGCUCAUAAUAAGGUGCCAGAGAGAGAGAGAGAGAGAGAGAGAGAGAUCCAAUCUACAUGGAAGAUCACUUUAAUAAAAUGAAUGCAGGCAUGUAUGUGCAAGUGCUACUAUGUGCCUCCUCAAAGAGCCAAGCAGGUCUUAAAUUUGACUCCCAAAAUCAAGACAAACCAGUAUGCAAGAGUCUUCACCAGCAUUUAGGUUCUGCACAUAGAUUUUUGUAAUGGUCUUUACAGCUAUGGCUCUCAAAAACUUUAGGAUGUGGCCGAAAGGUCAUGUAAGUUAUUCCCACUAUCCCCCUGCUUCCCUGCUUAAUGUUUUCUGUGGUGCCAUAUAACUAUGUUUUUAGCUUGAAUGCUUCCUACUCUCUGUUAGGGUAAUGCUGGAAGGUGAAGUCUUAAGUUUGCUAAACGAUGAUUGUAGUGAAAAUGUGGGGGUAUCUGGACAGAAUAUGGCUGCUUUUACUGCAAAUACAACUUGCUCCAUUUAAAACACACACACACACACACACACACACACACAUCAGUGGACCAGCUUCCUUUCCGAGGACCUCAAUGUGGUCAUUAUUAUGGUUUGUAUUAUUGGGCUCAUCAUAACUGGGAAUCCUGAAGAAUGUUUGUCUUUUAAGUCUUUCAUUUUGAACAUUUAUGCAAAAAAAAUAAAAUCAUCACAUUCAGAGAUUAAGUCAAUUAUACUGAUGCAGCUUGUUCAAAUAAAUAUUUCUGUAUUUUAAGAAUGUAUUAAAGUACUUUUUGUAUUGGUGGACAUGCCUCUUUGUGCUUCUCAUUUGGCACCAGAAAACAGCCCAAAGUGGGUAAUAAUAAAUUUUAUUUAUAUCCCGCCCUCCCCAGCCGAAGCUGGGCUCAGGGUAGAAAAGGUCUAGUUACCUGGGCUAAGUCUGCAAUCCAAAACUGAACUGCCGCACAAGUGAGGACUUGGUUGUGGUGGUCUCCCUCUGCCCAGGUCAAAACAGCUCCACCAGCCUUUGCCUGUGGAUUGAUACUGGCAUCACUCCCCUGGAGCUCCCCAUUGUGUCUUCCAAAAGGGUGGACAGAAGUACCACUGGUGGCUUUUCAGAGCCCUCAAAUGGGGCAUUUGAGUAGGAGCUGAGCUGGCUUUGGACUCAGCUGCCAUCAUUUGAGGGCAUCAAGUCCAAUCGCUAUGGCUGCUCCAAGACGGCAUAGCACAGACUAUGGCAUGCGUGGCAAGACACCACCCUACCACACUCUGCCGGUGCGCAGCUAGGAUUAGGAUUGCUCCUGCCCAUUGCACAUUAUGCUCAUGGUAACGUAGUUGUGUGACUUCAUUCCUGUGAGCAGAUUAUACCAAAAAUGCUCGGCCUGUGUGCACAUUUAAUGGAAAUAAAUAAUGGCCAAUCAGUUAAACUAUGCUUAAAACACGUGGAGACCACAUUUUGCGCUUUCCUGAGAAGGCUGUGAAAGUGCACCUGCCUUGGCCUUUAAACUGAUUAGGGUGACGUACAUGUGCUGGAUGAAAUGGAAAUCAUAUAGGUUUGAGUUCAAGUGCUUUGUUUCCCAAGGUGUGGCCCUCCUAGAACAAGUCAUACCUGAUUUCUGCCUUGAAGGGGAAAAUAAGCGUCAUAUAACAUUCUUUAUGUUGUUCCAAAACAAUUGGGAGAUGCUAGGAAUUUGUCCUAAUUGCUUCAGCUUUCAGGUUCUUCAUCGGUGAGUUAGCUGGAUCAUCCGGCAUAGUAGUCUGUAGGGACAGGGAACUAUGUACCUGAAGCAUCCUAGUAAACUCCUUAGCAUGUUGGUUGAUGCUAUUUGGAAGCUAUGCCAGAUGCUAUGCUGUACUGUUUGCAUUGGAAUCACAGCAGUAAAAUUGGUUCACCUGAAGUUUUUGCAACUGCAGUGACACAUGCGUGUUUGCUUCUCUGUCUAAAAUCAUAGAUGCAUUAUAGGUUUGAUCAAGGAAUUUCACAGCUAGAACAAACAGCUUGUAAGGGACAGCGCUGUGGUAAGGUUAAAAGCUGGCAGUGGUAAUACCUAGUGAGUUGAGCAUCUUGAAUGGAAACACAUAAAUUUGCAAGUCAGUGCAUGAACAACAUGGCAAACAUAUGUGGAAUCAUUACAUAUUAUUUCAGAGUUGAUAAGCAGAAUGUCAGGAUAGCUUUUCCUAAGUGUUGCAGCUAAUUUUGUGAAUGGUUAUACUCAUGGUAACUUUAAUUGUUUUAUUCAGUAUAGCCAUUCUGUCUCUUAAUUAAGAUAGAAUUCUUUAUGCUGUCACAUGAAUCAUGUUCUCUUUCUAUCUUCCUGAAUGGUGAGCCCCUUCAGGAAUUUUUUGCUGUUUCCUUUGCAAAAGGCCAAUACCCAAGAUUUUCCAGGGUACGUACAUUGGAAUUUGGUAUCAUAACAAAGACCUUGAGACACAUACAAUAAAACUGUAGAGCUGGGCUACCUGUAACAUAUAAAAUAGAUGCAUUGAGGCAGAUGAGGCGGUCAGCAUUUCAGAGUUGUCUCCAGUAAUUUGGUUUCACUUUCUGUUAAGACUUUGCCCUGGCUUCUCCUUUGGAAUGAAAUGUGUUAGAUCAGAAAUACUAUGUUACCAUAUUCGGGGGGGGGGCGUAAUAUGUGUGUUGCUGGGACUGGUUACUUCCUUUUUAACUCUUAAGAGCCAAUUGUCACCUUAUGGGGCACCUUAUAGUAAACAGGUAAACACGGCAAUAUUUGAUGGAUAACCUCAUGUCUGUAAUCAUGCAGUAGAUAAGGAGCUCAGGAGCUGUUGCCAGUUGCAGCUUCCAGUUUGUGUGCACAGCAUGCAUUUAUCAAAAGUGGGAAAUGUGUGUGACGUGAAUUAACCUCGCAGGUGUUGGCCCUAGUGAGAGUUUGUACCAUUCGGAUUCAAGAGCUGUUUCUGCCGCUCUCUGAUAACUGAAUGGGAGAGACAUAAAUGUCUCCUUGACAUCCGGCUAACAGCUUGGUAAAGGUUAAUGUUUUGUUAGCCUUAUGUAUUUAACUUGCAUUAAUUGCUACAGGUAUCUCUUUGGAGAGGAUAUUGACUAAAGUUAAGCCCUUUCUCCAAAUUGACACACCAGUUUUGUUUCUUUGGCAAACAUUAGUACAAUUCCUAAAUUGAGAGAUGCCUGUAGAGUAUUAAGAGCCAUGGCAUCAGUGCUAAACACCCUUUUUGGGAUUAGGAUGGAAAGAGCAUCUCCCUUGUUUUAAAACAUAUAUUAAAACCUGUGAUUCGUAAAUGAAUAGAUGGGUCUAACAAUGGAUGCAAUGAAAGCUUUCUGCCCAUCUCGUACUUUGCUGAUGUUUAUCAAAGUAGGCUGUAAAAAGCACAGAAGACUCAAUUAAGCUGUCUCUGGAAAUGUGGACCCUGUAAUUCCUCAGCUUGGAAAGCUUCCAGACAAUGUCAUGAGAAAUCCAUUUCCCUGCAAAUUUGUCUUAAAUUAACUUGGCUGCUUUUAGUUUUCUAGGGAGCACAAUAAUACUUUUUUACUCUGGUGAUAGUUUUGACAGUUUCAAUAGGUGAUUGAUUUCCUAGCAAGCAAAGGGUCAGAAAGGAAUGAUUCUUUAUUUGAGGGGCAAACUCAUCUUAAUUGCGGCAGCAGCAAGCUUUUUCCUCUAACUGGUCUUCCAGGAAAGAUGUUUUGAAGCCCAGAAAACAUCUGGGCAUCAUAGAAACAUGCACGGCAGCCACUUCUGAACAAUAGAUUUUUUAUGGUCUAUUGUCUCAACAGUCCAUGUUAUGGGUGUGUCCAUGGUUAAAGGCUAUUGCUGAAAAGGAUAUCAUGUGAACAUUUAAGAGGAAUACCAGCUACAAACUGUCUGGCACAUCUUCCUUAAUUGUAGGCUAAUGUAUUCUAGGUUUACAGACCACUUUUGUUCCUAAGGCUGUGGGUUUGUAAUAAGAAAUGUGUAUCUCUGCUGUCUCUGCAUCAGAUUAGGAAAAUGGAGGCCAUGAAAAAUCCGAGCAGGUUAAGAUCACAAUCUUAAAUCAUUUAAACCAUUGGACUCAGAAUGUCAAAGUCUAGACUUCACGUGCUAAUAUUUUUAAUGUAUUUGAAUUGGGUUUUCUCGCAUAUGAAAUGUUUUAAUAUGGGGGUGGGGGUCAGCUACUGAUCUGAUAGAAGGUUCGGAUUUUGAAGAAACAUGCAAUCAUGACAGCGAUUGGCCUGCUGGAUGUGUUUGUGUCUUUGUGUGUAUCAUUUUCCAUUCUUCCUUUUGCACUUCCAUGCAAAUCAAUUCAAUGCUGCCCUGUAGGCUACUAUACUCCCCCCAGGGUCAUUGGAGGAACCACAGUGGAAGGGUUGUUAAAGUAUCUGAAAAUAACUGUUCUGGAGAAUACCGCACCUUCCCUGUUCCCAAGUUCAUUCCCUAAAAGCACGACAAACUUUUUCAAUAGGAAAAUAGGUUUUGUUUCUAGCUUCCAUUAACACUCAGUGGAUCUUUGCAUGUGUGAAUCCAUAAAAUAGUUAAUGCUAAAGAUAUGAUGGUGGGGCCAAAUGGUAUGCCAAAAAAAAAAAAAAAAUGUUAUGUAGCAGUGCACGUCCUUAGUCAUGGCCUGAUGAACUGGUUUCUGGGAUCAUGGCUAUACCUGAUGAACGGAUGAUGAUGAUGAUGUUUUUAUUUAUUAAAUUUGUGUACUGUCCUUCAUCCAUAGAUCUCACAACAUAAAAUUACAAUAUAAAACCCACAAAAUGCAUAAUAAAAACAUUAACAAAGAGAACCCAAUAAGGUCUCUCUUUUUUUUUUAAUGAUAUUUAUUGAAAUUUUUUUAGAAUUACAAAAGAAAACAAGGUAGAAAAAGAAAAAACAAAGAAAAAACAAACCACAUCAAACAAUACAAAUUAAUCAAAAGACAAAACCCACAAGACCCAAUAAGGUCUCUUUCCACAACACAUUUAAAAGGGCAUCAGAUGCCAGUCAGCCAAAGGCCUGGUUAAAGAGGAAUGUUUUUGCCUGGUGCCUGAAGGUAUAUAGUAUUUAUUUUUAGGGUUGUAUUCAGUGCUGCGUAUAUGGAAUUACAUUUACAAGCAUACCUUAGAGAUAUUGCAGGUUUGGUUCCAGACCACCGCAGUAAAGCUAAUAUCUCAAUAAAGCGACUCACACAAUGUUUUGUUUUGUUUUGUUUAGCAGUGCAUAUAAAAGUUAUGUUUGUACUAUAUUGUAGUCUUAUUAAGCCAGGCCAACCCUGGCUUCAGGGGCGGGAGGGCAAAAACCCAGCUCUACUUCUGUUGCCAGAAGAGGGGAGGCAACAGGGAGCUUCCUUUGAAGAGCUCUUAAUACAGGAACAAGCCUUUUAUUUUGCCCACCGCAUUCCCAGUUCAGGGCUGGGGAAAGCAGAAUACAUUUGGGGAACAGCAAAAAGCUGAGACUGCAUUAUUGUAGCUUCACCUACUCAGCCAUGUGAUGGAUAGAUGCACUUGCAUAAUAAAUGGUGGGCAGGUGUUCUGUGCAAAGUGGGCAGGAGCUGCAGUAGCCCAUGUAAUACAAUCACAUCACAAUGUAGGCAAGUGUAUUACAUAGCAACGUGGGAGCAACUUUAGCUGUGUCCUAGUCUUUAAUUUUGUUGAAUUCCCCCCCUCCCCCAAUGUUUGGUUGCUUUGAUCUGGAUGGUAGAAGGGAAUACGAUAUCUUUAUAAAUGUGUAGCGAGUGAGUAAAUUGCUGAAAUCCUUGGCCAUCUACUUUGGGACUGUGUACAUUUUUAGUGGCUUGGCUCCAAAUAAGCUCCUUCUCCCGCCAAGCCUUUGGCAGCUUGUUGCUGACUGUUGGGACAAUCCUUGCUAAGGAUCAUAAACGGUACCAAGUCUGCUCAGAUCUAGGGAUGCGCCUUCACUGUCUUGUCUAGCCACAUGGUGCGAACGAACCCAAAGAAACAAGUGGCAUUCAAAUGGUUUCUGUGAACACUGGGAGGCCUUUCAGAAACUGCAUGUCAGAACAACUGCACUUUAUUAAGGCUGUUCAGUACAGCCUUCUCUGAUACCAGCAGGUUGUUUGGAAAGCCGAACCUUAAUUUCAUUUGCAGUUAGGGUGCUGUUUUUCCUUGUAUAUAGGGUUUACUUCCUGUUAUGCUGCCAGACCCAGUAAAGUCAAAGGUUCUAUAUAUAGCUCUGUAUUUUGUUUGGAGGUGUGUGGACAUGUAGUUAAAGAGAGGACACAGUUUUUUGUUUUGCUCUCAGUUCUGUGUCUAGAAAGCAUUUUUUGGAUGCAGGCUUGUAGUCUUCAUGGCUGUUGAGACUAGGGCUGGAUUUCCAUUGGCCAUUUCAUAACCCCUGGAAGGAAAAGGCUGCCUCACAUAAUUUUCUUGCCACUGUAUAAGCUACCGAUCGACUUUGCAUAGUUGCAAUAUUUGGAUUCAUCCAGUGUCCAGACUGGCUAGCAGCUUUGUCUUCCCUGUGUCUUUUGGCUUGACUUGGCUUGCUUGACUCAUGGAGUGGUUGCUUUCAAAUGUUCUAAUGUGCACUUUGCAUGUGGGGUCUAUUUAUUGAUGCUGUUUGUGUGUGUACUGGCAUCCAAGUGGUUGUCUGUGCAUCAGAUGGCUUCUCCUCAUGAUUGAAUUUUCCUCUCUACCUCUCCCCCAUUUUCCAAGUUGCCUACCAUGCCUUUCUUCUACAAAUACCCAGUUCAUUUAAGUAAGUUGAGUGCAAAUGAGUAUUAACAUAAUGAAUUUGAGCUCAGAAUUUCCCUUGACUUCCUCUCCUAUUGGAGGCUUAAAUUUAGGUGUUUUGGUUGCACAAGAUAAGUGUCCUCCCCAAGAGUUAUGAAGCAAGUUUCAGGGCAUGGAGGUCAUGUGACUCAUUUCAAAGUCAUGCGGUGUCACGAUGACUGGGCUGCUGGAAGUAUGUCUUGCAUCUUAGACCCACAGGACCAUACUGUUUGCGACUUAAUACGUUGCUCCCCGCUGUAAGUUUUCUUAGCCCUUUGGUUCACAUUCAUCCUUGAGAUGAUGUGCAACAGUCCCAGAAACCCUGAUACUGCUUCAGUGGCCUCACGCAGUGAUCGGUGUUCUCUCAACUGUCAUGCUGUCUCUGCGUUGCAUCACAUGUACAGCACACAGACUGCAGGAGUGAUCGGAGCCUGUCAGCUGCACUUAUUUUGAUGGUCGAAACACCUCUUUCUUUUUGCUCACCCAUGAUGUGGUAGCAGAAGCUGCCUGCAGAAGGCCAAGUUGGGGAAGCGGAGCCCAGCUGGGCCCAUGCUUACAUAAAGAGUUGCUUCAGUUUCCGAUUUCCACUGCACUUUCACUCCUGAACUGUCCUUUUUCUCUUAGAGGAAUUCAAGGGAGAGGGAACAGGAAUGCAAACUUAUUUUUAAAAGGAGCUGUUAUUUCUGCUCUUAAACUGUUGGCUUAUGUGUGAACAUUAUUGGAUAUGGCCCCAUUCUCUUAUUGAAAAUGUGUGUGACUGCUUCUCUAGAAAGCAUAUCUAGAGAGACACUGGGAUAGCCACAGUACAGUGGUACCUCUGGAUACGAACAGGAUCCGUUCCGGAGCCCCGUUCGCAUCCUGAAGAGAAUGCAACCCGCGUCUGCGUGUGUGCAGGUCGCAAUUCACUGCUUCUGAGCGUGAUGUCAUUUUGAGCGUCUGCGCAUGUGCAGACGGUGAAACCCGGAAGUAACGCGUUCUGUUACUUCCGGGUUGCCGCGGAGCGCAACCCGAAAACACUCAACCUGAAGCAACUUUAACCCAAGGUAUGACUGUAUUUCAUUUAGGACAGUCUUCUCCACAGGAAGAAAAGGGUGCAGGACUGGUGAACUGUCUGUCUCCAGUACCUAGUGUAUUUCACACAGAGUUUGGGUGGUGGUGGAUCUCUGGCUUUCCAGCAAAUCCUUUAAUUUCUGAUAAAGAUUUGUUUGGAUUUUUCCUAUUCCUGAAGUGGUUGGUUAAAUAGCUUGUUAGUGUGCGUAAAUUUGGUAAGGAACAUGGGUGUUUAAUCGCUCCCAGGACUCCUUCCUCCCUUCCUUUAUAUAGGCAAAUCUAGCCAGCUGUGGGCUGACUUCUGUGGCGUGCAGAAGUCUAAUAUGGUACUUUGUGCAAUGUGGUUUUGCUUCUCAUCAGAGCAUCUUGCAAGCACCUGCAAGCUCCAGGCUUUCCCUUAAUUCAUCAGGGCAAAUUCCACCCAGUCCAUCCAAGAGGUCCUGUGCAUAUUCUCUGUCAAUGUUUGCUGUGUGUUGUUGUGAGUUUCAGCAGGGAAAAGCUUGUAGAAAGAAAUGGAUAAAGCUAGAAAAGAACUCAAUAGGCUGUAUGAAUAACCCAGAGAGGCCAUUGCAACUUAAGGAUUCUGUGAGUAAGUUUGAACUAAGACUACAGCCCUGUAUGCCCACUUGUGUUUGGGAACUAGGCCCCUUUAAUGAUUAAGUGGGGCUUCCUCUGAAGCUAAGCAGCAUACUAUAUAUUACUUUACUUCAGUUGUGGGGCAGCUUUCUGCGUGAGGCUCACAGGCACAAUGUUAUAGCAAGGUUCUGUGUGUCUUCGAAUCUGGACAGCUGUCUUCAUGAGGAAAGAAUACCACACUUGGGCAGCUUUUCUUUAUUCUUUUUGACUUGGUAUCUACUGCCCUAAUGUCUCUCCCCCCCCCCCCCCGGCAAAAACCCCAAACCUCUAGGAUUGCAAGCCUCAAUUGGUUGAACCAAGCUUUGUUAGGUGAGCAUUUCCAGGGACGGACUUUCACAGUCUUUCAUAAUAUGGCACCCUGUGCGAGGCCAAAAUUGGUGCCCUCAAUGGAUCAUCUCAAUUUUGUUUGUCCUUGGCUCAGUGCCCUGUUUGCUGCAGGAAAGUUAGAGUCUCUGUUCUUCCACCAGUGGUCCAUAGGGCCAGACGUGUAUCUUGUGGGGCACCCCAGUUUCCUCACAGAUGGUCAGGCUCUCUCAUAAAACUGGUGUCACCUGUAAUUAUGGGCUUCACAAUUACCAAGCGUGUGUGUUUUCGUGCAGCUGCUACCUUAUAUAACCCAAAUGGAGAUAAUGGCAUUAAAAUAUAGAUUGUUGACUUUUUUUUUCUUGAGGUGGGCAAAAGUCUUCAUUCCGAUUUGUUAGGGCCUGUGGGGAACAAAUACUUUUGUGGACCAUAUCCAUCUGUUUACAGCCCUUCCUGAAGUAAUACAGCCUUUCCUCUUAUUCCUGUGGUAUGAAAUGUGGUGAUUUUGCAUGUUGCAUGGAGAAUUACAAAUCAAGUGAAAAAGACCCCAAAUCUUCAGCGUGCACUCAGCCAUACUUGUACCUUAUUGGUUUUCUAAGAGAGUUUCAGAUGACAAUCGGUUGUUUAGCUUUGAAGUUUUAUUAUUUCCCUCAGCAUAGCACCCUGCUCUUGCCUGAGAUGCGCCUGACAAAUAGAAGCCGCCUCCCUCCUGUCUCUUGAGAUAAUGUAUAUUUCAUAAAAUGGCUCUGCUGGGGGAAAAACACAUCAGGAGACGCCAAGAUGUUUCUAAUUAGAUAGAGGUUUGAAAGAUCUGUUUUAAAUCUGCCAUCUUUGAUUGGUUUUCUCCCUCCCCCCUGCAUACCCUGCCAGGCCUGUAGGCAUUUCAUAAUGCUUCAGUCAUUUCAUUCUUAAAUGGCUUUCAACAAACAGGGCGGGAGGAGAUUUUAAAAGCCGAGGCUCCUUAAUACAGACGCGAUUGCAUGCAGACGUAUGGGCUUCAUUUAACUAGCACUGUGGUGGUUUCUGCUUCCUGACGCAGAGCAUGGUUUUAUUGCUAAGCAUCAAGUCAAGACAUCUGGAUUCUACCCUGCGUACUUCUUGACAUUUAACUGACAGCUAGAGGGAGGGGGGUUGUCAUACUUCACACUUGGAUGACCAAAACCCGGCUACUUGUGAGGACCUGUAAAUCUGAAUCUCCAUAAUUUUCUCUUGUGGGUUUGGGAGACAGUUGAGCCUAAUGCAUUGCUCUUUGACUCUAAUGACCCAGUUGUCCUAGGUGGCCUUUCCUAAGGUGGUUCAAACCUCAGUGGUACCAUGCUCAUCUUUGGAAGAAAGAGGAGAGCCUGGGGAAAGCAGGGAGUCAGUUUUGUUGUGGAAGAUACAAAAUGCACCCCAUGCUGUAAGCUGAUACUAAUGGUAGGACCUCUGGUCUGAAAAGCUUGAAGGCAGCUUGUGUGGGAUAGAGAAUCAGGAUAAAUGGUUAACCCAAGGCCAGAAAAGGCAUCGUAGAGAUGCAGAAAUGUGGGAGUGAGCUUUCAAAGGAAAGGAAAGGAAAGGAGUUUGUGGCUGGAUGCAGAAGAGGGUAGGAAGCAAGUACAGGAACUUCAACAGGCCUAGAUGACAUGAUGUAAAUUUUUAGGUGCUCAAGCCGCUAGGCACUUGGAAUUUCACUCAAGCCUUGCUGGGUAAACAGCAUCACUUGGAUGAGUUUUAUUUUUGCCUUUUGUUUUGCUUGUCUUGCCUGCAACAGCUGAGACCUGCCCUUUGUCCCCCUGGGUCUCUGUCUCUUGUGAACAAGCACCUUCUCUGCAGAACCAUUUUAAUUCAAGCUGUAGCAGUGUCAAUCUAUGUGUACCCAAGUCUUCAAGCUGCCAGCAAAUUUAGUAAGAAGGCAACUUGUGGCAGUAUGUUGUGUGUUUUUGUUUCUCGUCUCUCCACCCUCCCCUCCACGCAGGGGAUGUAGAGUGGGAUUGUGAGAAUAACAAAACACAGCAUCUACUUUUGGUAUUAAUGCCAAACAAGAUUAACUGCUUUUUGGCUGUAUAUGUGAGUCGUUAGAGAAGAGCAAGCCCAUUUGUUUGAGUACAUCGGGUAAUUAAACUUGCAUCAGCCAGUUCCCCUUGCUGGUUAAGUCCUGGCUUGCUGUAGAGUAAUUUCUAAGAGGCUGUAGCUCAAUUAGACCCAAGUGUUCCUGAGGAAGUCUAUAGCCCUAUUGCUUCCUUGAUGUAUGGAAAACCCCAAUACCUGCAGCUGCUACUUUCUUUUCUUGAAGCACAGUGCCCCUGUUCCUGGAUUCUACUUAGGCAGACUCCUGAGCUGGUUCCUAUCCUAUUGUCCACACCUGUGAAAGCAGGUUGGUCCAUUGAAUAUAGAGUGUCGGAUGGGAAAACAGCAUGCCCAGUUCAAAUCCUGGCUCAUUUAUGAACCUUGAUGUUAUUGGUCAAAUAAAUAUUUAUGGUCCUUUGUAGAACUCUUGUUUUAUGGAUUGGAGAAAAUGACCUGCCACUAUCCAGGUUUCUUUCUGAGGAUUAAGAUAGAUCUGCCUUCCCCAUCUUGCAAUCCCCCAGAUUUUGUCAGACUACAACUCCCAGCUAGCAUGACCAGUGGUUGCUUUAUUACGCAAAUAUCCAUACAUUGCUUUAACUUGGCAUAAUUGUGCUUCUGUUUCUUCGGAGACACUUUAGGGAGGGAAUAGGGGGAAGGGAAGUAUUCACUAUGAUUUCUUAGUAAUGCUGAGGACUAGAAACCUUUUAAGAGCUGAGUUUUUCCAGCAGCUAAAUUGAACACACAGUUUCUAUAGGAGCAUACAGAUGUGUGGAAUAACACACAGCCAAGCUCAAUUUGUUCUCUCCCUUCUUGACUGCAAAAUUCUUGCAGGUAGUAGGUAGAUAGGAAGAGGUGUUAAACUUGUCUUUGUUGAUGUGCCCAAGAUUGGAAUGGUUUCUCGUGGUGACGUUGGUGACUUUGUUGUUCCAUAGUAACAGACAUGAUGAACGAGACAUGUGCACAUGUGUUCUCCUGUGUAUUCAUGGAGAAGAUUCCCCCAUUUAACGCACUUUGGACAGAAGAAAGAAUUAGUCCCCUUUGCCCAUAAAUAGAGAAGUCUGGCAGAGCUUCAUGUUCAGCCUGAAAUGCUGCAAUUAAUCACAAUAACUCCAUCUGGUUUUUGUUUUUUAAAAAAGAAUGCUGCCUUAAGAACACAAUAAUUGCAGGCCUGUACAUUUUUAGACCGAGGUGUGCUUUGUGCUAUUUCCAUCCUGCAAAAAUAAAAAUGGUGUGUCCUUUAUUUUUCUUAUUUGUUAGAUUUAUAUACUGCCCUUCAUCAAAAGAUCUCAGGGCACUGUAAAAUGGCUGGUGAUACACUCCCAUCUCUGAUUUUGCCUCCUUCCAAGAAUUUUGCCAUGAAAUGGGUGGGGAAGGGGCACAUUCAGAACACGGCUGUGUGUGUGUGUUCCAUGCUUUGUAAGUUUACUAUGGUGGCAAGUCUGUCUAGUGUGUAACAAUGGCUUCCUGAGAAAACUCCUCCUUUGUAAUGGCUAGUACAGUGGUACCUUGGAAGUCAAACAGAAUCCAUUCCAGAAGUCCGUUCGACUUCCAAAACGUUUGGAAGCUGCGGAAGCCAUGUUGGACGUUCUGCUUCUAAAAAUAGUUCACAAACUGGAACGCUCACUUCCAGGUUUGUGGUGUUCAGGAGCCAAAACGUUAGACUCGCAAGGCAUUCGGGAUCCAAAGUAUGACUUUAUAACAUUAUGGUAAGAGACUGGCAAAAUCCUUGGUUCAAAAUCUCAUCUCUGCCAUCAUCUCAUGGGUUGUGUAAAGCAAGCCACAAUAGUCCACCUGCUCCCCCUUCUAGGAAAGGGUGUUGCUCAGUGGUAGAGCUCCUGCUCUGCAUCUAGCUUCAGUCCUCAAGACCUCCAGGUAGGGCUGGGAAAGAUACUCUGGAAAGCGGCUGCCAGUCGGUGUAGCUAAUACUGAGAUGGAGAGCCUGACUUGGUAAAAGGCAUCAUCUCCCUUCCCAUCAGCAAAAUAGUGGUACUAGAGUAUUGUAAGGAUGACCGAGGAGGCAUUUGAAACUUCAUGAUACAUGAUGCACAUGAAAGCUCUUUUGAAUACUUUUUAAGUGGCCUUGAAGUGCUAAUAAGUAGUACCUAUUAAUAUUGCAAUGAAACAAAGGCAGGUUUCUAGUCCUCGUGGUUUCUGAGGGGAGUAUGAUAGUAUCUUACUCUCGCUAGUUCAUACCUUUCCUCCUUUUGCUUUCACUGGUCUGAUUUCUAGUGAAAAAUUCUCACUAUUAAUCACCAAUGUUUAUCUUCCUCCAGGUGGUCUGAUAUCAGACCUUCAUUAUAGAUGGGAUUCUCUGGAAGAUCAUUUAUUGGCAUGCUAUGUUAAGUACCCUAAUAUUCCAUCGAUAAUGGGUGGUGACUUCAAUGCACGGACAGCUGCCAACUGGAAUGGGAUAAUUAAGGCCAAGUGGUGGGUAUCUCCCCCCUACCCAAAAUCUGAUUUAAUCUCUUUCACAUCAAGAAGAUCUAAGGACAACAGAGUGAAUGAGGCGGGAGUCCUUCUUUAUCAAUUGGCCAUUCGCAUGAAUUUGAACAUUCUAAAUGGCAACUGCCCUCCGGACGUGCCAGGUGAAUUCACUCAUUUGGGCACAACAUCAAAUAGUGUCCUAGAUUAUCUUCUAGUCUCAGAAGACAUAUUUUCAAAUUUCUUUUAUUUCAAAGUAGAUAAUGUACAAUCCAGUGAUCACCUACCUCUAGCGGCCAAGCUAACGCUUGACUGGCAACCGGUUAGCGGAACACACCCAAUUCAUGUAGGUUUAAAUGCCACAGCUCAAGUAAGAGGCAUUAAAUGGUCCAUGAAACAGGCCCAAAAAUAUGCAGAAUUCUUCCAGAGGAAUAGCUCCGAAUCCCUUAUUGUUUCAUUGGCGGAGCUGUCUGAACCAAAUAGGAUACUGGAGUGGUUCUUCCACUUCUCUGCAGAUUUAACUAGUUUCUUUACGAUGCCGGCUCACCUCGCUAACCGAGAUCAACCCAGGUUCGGUGCACCUUGGUUUGAUGCCAAAUGUAAGCAAGCUAGACUCUCUCUCUGUUGUAUCUACAACAGAUAUAAAGCCUCUGGAGCUGAAACUCUCCCCCCAGAGUACUUGCAGGCCAAAAUUGCUUACAAACAGGCUCAGAAGUCAGCCAAGCACGAGUGGCAGCUAAGACGUUGGCAAGCGCUGAUUGCUGCCUCUAAGCUUCGCAGCUCUCGCGGUUUUUGGAAUUUAAUCAACAAAAGAUCGAGGAAAUACCCAUUGACGGUUAUCCCAGCCCCGACAUGGGAACAAUUUCUAAGAAAAUAUUUCUCCCAAACAGACAUCUCUAACAUCCAAUCUGAUACUCUCUCAAGUCACUUGCCCAUAUGGCCAGAUACUGACCCGGAGGAAAUAGUAGAUUUAAUUGCCAAACUGAAAACUGAUAAAGCCCCAGGGCCCGAUCUGAUCCCGGCGGAAGCUAUUAAACAACAUCCAAUAUGGUGGGCUAAAAUUCUUGCAAAAAUCUUUGAUGCAAUCAAUGCCACGGGCCAGAUACCUACAUCAUGGAAGGAGUCCAUCAUAAUUCCUAUAUAUAAAAAGGACCACCAGAGGACCCAGGAAACUAUCGUAAUAUCAGUUUAUUAUCAAUCAUCGGAAAAAUCUACACUCGCUUCUUGCUAACCAGACUAACCCAAUGGGCCGAAGAUUCCAAUCUGAUAGGCCAUGAACAGGUCGGGUUUAGACCAAAUCGCGCUUCUAUUGACCAUGCUAUAAUUCUAUAUCAUUUGGCGCGGAAAUAUUCUUCCCCUACUCAUGGUCUUCUAUGUGCCGCUUUUAUAGACCUGAAGGCGGCUUUUGACAGUAUCUCUAGAGAGCUGUUAUGGGAAAAACUGGCAAAGUGGGGCAUAGAAAAAAGGCUGUUGUGGCUAUUGAUUAAAUUACAUGAAGGGACGGCUGCUAGGGUGAGGUUAACACCUGAGGGCGAUCUAACAAACUCAGUUCCAAUAAACAAGGGGGUACGACAAGGGUGUAUCCUUGCCCCUAUCUUUUUAACCUCUAUAUUAGUGACAUGAGGACGCCCCUAGCUGAGGCCCAAACCUCCAUUCAUGCACCCAGGCUUGCAGACUAUCGCUGCCCCUUAUUAUUGUACGCUGACGAUGCGGUGAUCCUCUCUUAUUCUCGAAUCGGUUUGAGGAGGGCCCUUAAGAUUUUUGCAUCAUAUUGCCAAACAAAUUUACUUACUAUUAACCAUUCCAAAUCUAAAGUCCUACUUUUUCCAGGAGUCGUAAACUGUAUAGAUGGGAACUUGAGGGGAAGCCAAUUGAACAAGUUUACAAAUUUCAAUAUCUAGGAAUUUACUUCCAGUAUAAUAUGGGAUGGAAAGCGCAUAUCACAUAUUUACAAAACAAGGUGAAAGCCCUUAUCUACGCUAUACUACGCUUCUUCUUUACUGAGGGGCUAUGCAUGUUCCAUCCGCCUUAAAAGUUUAUAGUGCAAAAGUGGUUGCAACUAUGGCCUAUGCGGUCCCUUUAUGGGGCGUCUUUGUAAACCUCUUGCCUCUGGUGACAUUGCAAAAUCUUUUUCUAAGACGCCUUUUGAAACUACCCUCCUGUGUAAGCAACUCUGCCAUUCGCUUAGAACUUAAGACCCCUCCCUUGAGAUUCUGAUGUGGAGACAUGCCUUUAAUUAUUGGCUGUCCCUUUGGCAUAAAUUGCCAAACUACCAUCUUAUUCAGUGCCUUUGGAGAGAUGAAUUCACCAGCCCAUGGGCAACAAAAAUCCAUUCCAAACUGUUGUCUUAUGGAAUCUCUCCCUCCGAUAUACUUAAUUUAGAUCUAAUUACAGCUAAAAAGGUCAUCAAACAAAGAUUGGAGGAUGUAGAUUUACAACAAAAUCUUACCACAGGUGGAGGUACAUGUUCCCCGAUAUAUCAGGGCAUUACAUCUAUGUCCCAGAUACCUCGAUAUCUGUCUACUUUAUCGGCUGCGUCGCAUAGAUUCGCAUUUGUUAGAGCCAGAUUUAAUGUGUUCCCCUCAAAUGUGCUGAGCAAUAGAUUUUCUAACGGUAAAAUCUCUGUUUUGUGCGCAUGUGACAACAAAUCGAUAGAAUCCCUUUAUCAUAUCUUGUUUAAUUGCCCCUUAUACAAUGUUCCCCGAUCAAGGAUCCUGAGUUCAAUCAUCCUGGAAAUUGCUGCUAAACCACCUGAAUUACAUCUAGCUUAUCUACUCCAGGACAUUGACUCUUAUAGAACUUUACAGGUUGCUAGAUUCCUGAUCUCAGUUCUGUCAUAUAAAAGACUUCAGGGAAUGCUGCAUGACUAUUAAAAAUUCAGUAAACUCUAUGCACCAUCUUUAUCUUCAAGGCCAUAACACGGUACAUUUAGAGAUUAUGCGUUGAAAUAUUUUAGUUGAUAUUUUAGAUUGUAAAAUGCUAUUGAUUUUAUCUAUUGAUUUUUAUCUAUUGAUUUGUUUUACCUUGUGGGCUUAUAGCCGAAUAAAGUACUAUCUAUCUAUCUAUGAUAGUAUCUUCAUGCCUCUCUUUCUCUCCUUGCUCCAUUCCCCCAACAACACUUCUUCCUUGUGGAAAUGUGGAGGCAGAAUAUAAAAUGAGCCUGAGUUGCAUGAAUUCUCAUUACAGGAUUUAAAUAUAUUGAGAUCCAGGACUCGGACCUUUUAUCAUGUUACACAGAGUGCACACAGUUCUGAUGAAAAGAGGCACGAAAGCAAGCUGAUUCAUUCACAUGGCCGUUGUGUCCUAACUUAAUUUCUACUUCCAGCCAGAUUACAUCUGGAAAGUUCAAGCACUUCAGAAGGAAUUAGAAGCAACACCAGUCAACGCCUGGCCUGUCACGGCGAGUUAAUAAUUUGUCACCAGGGCCCUGCCCGCAUGUCGUGCUGAUUACUGUGAGGUUGUGUAAAAUGGCCAAAGGUCUUUUUUCUUCUGCUAGCUGGGGGAAAGAGGGAGUCCUUUGUUGGCACUGUAGCAUCUGAAUGCAGAGUUCACCAUGCAUUCCUGAAAUAGCAAUUGCUUGGACAGAUGCAAUGCCGUCCUCAAGCAGCGGGGCUCAAGAGGAGCAUUGGGGGUGGAUGCUUACCCUUUCUGGUGAUGCAACUGGCACAUGUGUUUCCUAUUUAUAUCACCCCAUCCCUUCCAUGGAAGGCAGCAGCAUGCAAAGAAUCCCAAACAGCGCUGCUCAAUCUGUCAGUAGGGUUUGCCAGCCCUUCCAGGGUGCCGGAAGCAACUCUGGCUAGAGUUCCAUGGACGGCCAUUUAAUGGUGCAGCUGUGAUGACGAGGCAGCAUCAGCAGUAUGAAUAUGCUGAGAACUUCUCCCUAGCCCAUAAAGAUAAUCUAGUAUCCUGGUGCACACUUUGCUGUUGCAUUGCACUCUGCCUACAUUUACAUGAGUGGCCCUUGCCCCUAGUGCCAUUUUCCUCUUGGAGCAUAGCUGGCCAUUACCUGAAAAAUCAGUAACUUUCUCAUUUUCAGAAAAGCUUCCAGAGGUCACAACUCACAACUGAGAGGAGGUGCAUAAUUCAGGUGUGAGGAACCAUUGACCUCUCCCCCAGAUGUUGUUUGAACACUACAACUCCCAUCUUCCCUGAACAGUGGGCCAUGAUGGCUGGAGAGUUGGACUUCAGCAACAUCUGGAGGGCCAUAGGUACACCAUCCCUAUCUUAUUCCUUCCCCUGCCUAAUGCCUCCGCCUCAGUAGCAGGGAUCCAUACGCACCUUUUUUGUGUUUUGGGAACUUGAGGAUGGAAUUCCACUGGGGAGGUGGUAAGUAGGCUUUUGUUUCUCCGCAGACAAUCUCCCCAUCUUUUUGCUUAAGAAAUGUUUUGUAUACGUUUGGGUGUCGUGUUCAGAGGCAAUCCAGCAGCAGGUCAACCUUUGAGACCAUAAAGCUUUGUAGUGUUGUAGUUCAUGCUGAAUUCUCUAAUUCCCUGCAAAGGUAUAGGACAAAAGUUCUCAAGUCACGGGUUGUGAGGACUUUAGCCUUUCGGACUGCUUGGAGUAGGGGUGUUUGUCAGGUUGAAAGGGCAGCUGAGUUGAGCCCAGUUGACCCAGUGUGGUGUGAGGAAAUUAUAUGGAGCUCUUUGCUAUCAACAUGGUGCAGCCUUUGCUUUGAGUUAUUUGUGAGUGGCUUGUAAUAUUUUAUAUGUAAUACAAGACAAAUCUUGGAAGUCUCCUCCCAAAGCAGCAUGUGAACCUCUUUGUACUAAUAAAAAGUUCUUAAAUGAGCAGUGGAGACAUGUAGUCUUGAGUGGGGUGAGAUUUCCAUAUCCUCUCAUCUUGAAUUCCCACACCCAUUUUUCCUCCUUACGUACAGACGCUUCUUCGUUUCAGUAUUUUUUAAUCACAUUUAAUAUGUAGUGCCUAAUAUAUAUUUCAGUUUGCUGUUAAAUAUUGGAACUAAAACAUUUUCUACUCAGAGGAAAGGUAUUUCGAAAGGAUGUUUGUAACUGAAAUGAGCUAUGCUGAUGCUUCUUUUUGUUAUAAGGCAAUUUGUGGGGAACCUUUGUGGCUCCACAGGGCAGAUCCUUAUUGAGGGCCAGUCACCUGUAAACCACGUGGCAUUAUUGUGACACAGUGGACAGGUGGGUGGGGCGCCCACCUGUCAAAAUCACUUGCACAGCUUUGUAGGUCUUUGCAAAAGUGCUCUUUGAAGCAGUGACCUCUCUUCUCCUUUAGACCACUGGCCACCUGCCUGCUCACUCCAGUGUUUAUAGGAGACAACUGUUUCAAAGAGCACUUUUGCAAAGGGCACCUACAGUGUUGGGGUAGAAAGGAGCCAUGGUGGGCAGCUUCAAAGAGCAGCAUGGGGACAGAGAAGUGGUUUUCAUUGAAUGUCCCCAUAGUUGAACAAGCCUCCAGCAAAGGUAGAGUUGGGAGCCCACUUUUAAGGGCCCAGUUGUUCCUUUGAAGGCCUACCCUAGUCAUGGCUUUCCCAAAACGGCUUCAUGGGCUAAAUAGGGAGGCCUAGCUGGCCAAAGGUUUCCCACCCCUGGUUUAGCAUGUCCUUAUUUGCAGAAUUUCAGUUCAGAUGCACCCAGAGUUCCACUGACCCUUACAUGCUUCUUAAAAUCAUCUCCCAACUCCCUGUACACCUUGCUAAGGAAACUCUUCCUUUUACUAACAUUUCUUUCCACUGUUUGCUUGUUAAAGAAAUGGAAUGGAGCUACCUACUUGUUCACUGGCACAGAAUGGUACUGGGCCCCUGGUGACUGAAACCUGCUGGUUUUAUGUUGCUAUACCAGGAGACAUUGAUGUUUCUGGAGGUUGAUCUUCUAAAAAUGAACUUUAAAGGGAGAGUCAGAAUCCCUCAAGGUGGGCUGUUACGGCAUUUGCUGUGAGGAAUAGCACUUUUGUUCUUUCUUUAGCAAUGUUUUAUGGAGAGCUCAAUGGUUUUUUUUGAGAGAAGAAACAAGUUUUUAAGAACAAGACUAGAAAUUGAGGGAUUGCUGACAUGCAGAACAGUAGUAUUUUAAGGCAAUGACACAGUUCUUUGAAAACAUGGAAUGGCUUUUGAGGUGUCUGAAGGCAUUUCACUUUUCCGUGGGCAGUCCAGUGGUCUGCAGCAGCUUUUGUAUAUAUCAGACAUAUCCAAAAGGUGCCUAUGCAAUUUAAAUGCACCUGUGUGACAACAAGGCUUUCAGGGCAGGGGCAUCUGUGACGAUCAAGGACACUUGAGAGGCAUAAUCUUUAGUAGCAUCCAACUUCUUGAACCUUAAUGGGGCAUACAUUUCUCAUUUCUGACCCCAGACGCAUGCUUGCCUGCAUUUUCUUGGCUUCCUCCCUCAUAUCUGUCUCUUGGCCCAGAAUUCCAACACUGAGCCAAAUGCUACAGCUUGUUUCCUUCAGAUAAAAAUGAACAUGCAACAGCUGAGAGCAGCUACUGCUUAUUUCCCCAGGAAGUACAAAAUGGCGCAGUGGAAACUGCUGGUCCACCACUGUUGUGAGAGUGGUGGUGUCCGGUGCCAAGAGUCUCCUUUCCCUGGGGAAGACCUGGUGUUGACUGCCAAAAGAAUGGCUUCAGCUUGCUUAGAGAGCCAUUCCAUUUUUACACAAAAAACCCCUACACACCCCUCCUAUCUCUUUGCACAGAUGGUGACUUAUUUGCUACUGAUGCUUUCCACAAGAAGAACAGCAUUGUGGGGGCUCUGCCUUGUGUUGGUUUGGUUUUCCUGCAGGCUGAUGCCUCAAGGCUCCAAGAUCAAAGCUGCCUUGAUCUGCAGAGUUGGUCCAGGAAAAUACAGCCUUCGCUUUGUGACCUGCAAAUGCACACAGGAAAAACACCCCCGCCACUGCCAGAGUUUGUCUUAAAUGCAGGCCUGGGCUGUUGUUGAUAUUUUCCAGCCAAACGAGCACACACUAACAUAAGGAAUCCCUGACAGUAAGCUGAAAACAUAGACAUGAAUAUGUCUUCCAUCUGCUUGCUCUGCAUUGUUUGUUCCCUUCUAAAAAAAUCAGUAAAUAUUUGGUGAGUUCUGGAGUGUUGUGUGGUUGCAACAAGGGGAAGAGGUGGGACAGAUGGGAGACAGGUUGGGGCUUGUGGAACAGGAAUCCAGUAAGAGGCCCGAGAAGAACGUGACUGUUGUUCAGGGACACAAACUUUGCUCACCUGAAGGCUAGAUGCUUUGACACAUAUAGGUGCUUCUGUUCGUUAACCAGGGAAUCAUAGCAAGAUAAAGCUGCACUUGUACAGUGCAUGCAAGCAGUUAUUUCCUAGUCAAACCCCGAGUCAUUGUGUGCUGGACCAACAAUAAAAUGCUAUAUAAAAACUCCCCCUUUCACAUCUUUAUCAUGCCAUAGUUUCAUAUAUGAAAUCACUCCAGAUUCUUAACUACUGUGGAGAAGAACGCCACCUAGGAAUAAAACAGAUGCCACUUCCUGUAAAUUAGAAAACUCUAGAAGUUAGGGGCAUCACACAAGGGGCAAAACAACACGGAGUACAGCAUACUUUGCACCACUUGAGUCACAGGUACAUAAUCUGUAUUCUAAGCUUGUCUUGGCAUAGCAGCUUUCCUGAACCAUUGUAGACACCGUCUGCAGAUCACCUUGUGGCAAUGUGUCUGCACAUUCAUGAGUUUCCAACACAAACGAAUCCCUUCAUGAAUACUGGCAUUGAUGAGUAUCAGGACACUCAUCUUGAUCUAGGUAGCUCUGGGAAUAAUGCAGUGUUCAGGCUUGUGAUACAGGGGGGUCUCCCCGGCCCCCUCCCUGAGCAGCCAUCUCCCUGCUGCACACCCCGUUUGAGCUGAUCUGUUUCUGCAAACAGACUGCAUUCUGGGGCUUGAGACAAGCCUGUGCUACUUUACAUGUGUCUGGCAGUCAUGAGGGCUAAGCACUUAUUUUCUAGGUUAGGAGUUGGAUAGAAUGCGAAGGAGUUCCAAGUUCUACACUCGGGAAUUGUGCAAGGAGUAAUGGGAUGAAGACCUGGGCUGGAAAAAUAUUCCAAGAUUACUGUUGCUUGAUUGCAAAAUAUAAUCAGGAGUGUCUUUGGCUCUUCACUAAGCUUGUACUGUAACUUUCUUUCCUCAGAAGCGAAAGAUCAGCUUGUGUGUGUGUAUGUUUGUGUUUCAUCAGCAGGGACAUUAGGGAGGCCACUGCCAAAUUAAAAACUGGCCUGACUCCAGCGACCAUUUCUUGUUAAAGCCAAAGCAUUUUUUCCUCCCUCUAACAGAGGAAACCAGAUCAAAAUGCAGGACAAGUACCUAAGACAGGAAUCCUUCCGUAUGUAAUUUCCCCCCUUUUGAGUUGCAUGUGGUAAUUACUCUGUCCCUCAAAUCAAGUUCUUAAUCACAGUGUGUUUGCAAAGAUUUAAUGGGCUAUCUUUCCUGGUUUAAAUGUUGGAAGUUGUUACUUAUCCACACCCGUUUUGAGACUUAUGUUUAUCUUAAGGGUUGGGGCAGUUUAUCCAGACUGUAGAAUCAUGUGGUAAAGCUCUCCUGGACUUUGCUAUUUUGAGGGGAGUUGAAUGCUCUCCAAGAAAGAAAAACAUCCCUGCAGACAUAAAACUGUAUAUCAGGAGAAGAGAAAGUCUUCCUGACUUUUACCCCCCUCCCCACAAACAAACUGGGAAGCAUUCAGGUUCAUACAUUGCUCUGGAUGCUUUUAGGCAGAGUGUGAAUUAUAUUAUUAUUAUUAUUAUUAUUAAUUAAUUAAUUAAUUAAUUAUUUCUAACAUGCAACUCACAAAGCAGCCUAAAGUGGUACAGAAAAUAUCUCACUGUUCUGAUUACUAUGUGAACUGGAACUUUAUCGCUUUAUUCCAAUGUCCAUAUAAACCAGCCACUCCGCAACUGACUUUAGAUGUUGGUAGCUGCCAGGGAAAGCGUUGGCAGCUCACCCUUCUAUUCUCAGAGGUGCUCUGUAAUGAGAGAGAACAUUUGCAUCUCCCAUGGAGAAAAGAACAUUUGCAUCUCCCAUGGAGAGAAGUGCUAGCUCUGGGGUACAGCAAGGAGGAAUUGUGGUGUGGAGAUCUGCAGAAGCCAUGAAGCUUAAGCCAGUGCAGCUCUUCAUACUUUCCACAUCUGAAGCCCCUCUUUACUAAGUUAAGUAAAGAUUGUCUGAGGGUUUUUAUUGCCCAUUCAUGAUGCUUUGUGUUCAUGAUGCUGCUGGCAGUCACGUGCAAUCCCCACUGUUUGCAGCUGCAGAAGUUUUGGGGCGGUUGCACUGCUUCACUUCCAUUCAGAGCACAUCCCAUAACAUCCUGUUGAAAUCCCAUAACAUUUUAUGCCACAGAUGUUCUGGUUUGGUUUUUGUCCUGCUGUAGCCCCUCUGGACAGCAAAAAUGUGGUAGCACUGGCGGGGGUGUGUGUGACUUGUAGAACAAACGGAAGCAGAAUAAAUUUGCCAUGGAUGCACUGUUGUUGUGUCAAGAACGUGUUGCAGGAUCCGCCCACAAUAAAACACCUGUCUGGAACGGCCCCCAAGUCCUUGCGUUUGAAGUGAAAUGUAAGUAUUGUAACUAGUUAAUGGGAAUGUGCUAAAUUCUGAAACCAUUUCAUGUAAAGAUUAAGGGUGUGCAGUAGGGAUCUGGAGCCCCUAGGACAAAUCGGAUUUUCAAAAAGAAGCCCUCUCCCCUUGCUGCCAAUAUAGAGAUGAAAAAGAAGAGGCAGGAGAGGGGUCUCUCUGGCAACAAGACUACCCAGCUCCUUUCUCAGAAGCCAGCCCUCCUGUUGCUUCCCAAGACCUUAACAACCACCAGCUUAGCAGUACCAUCCUCAUAGUGCUCAGACUUUGUGUAAGUGAGGCUACCCAGUAAGCUCAUGGCUGACGCUCUCUGUUGCUCUUCUAUGCCAUCCAAACAGAUCUUUGAAUUUCUUCCUUCCAUAGCUGAGUUAGCGUUCAGUGUCUAAUGAUGCAAAGGAUUAGUUUUCCAAAUUGUUGUUGAUGCAAAGCCCGCUGGCCUAGAUUGCCAGUGGAAUAGACUUCUUGAGUGUUAUAAUAUCCUGUGAAGCCGCUCCUGUGGCCCUGCUCCAACCAAGUGAGCUGCGCUCUCUUCCAAAUAGAACCACUGAAUGGGGAGAGCUUGGGCGCUGGAAACUCCCCUAAAGUGGUAUGCUGGCGCUUUGUGUUUUUAAACACAACUGUCGUCAAGAUGAUAUGUCAAGUUAAACACACAAUAGCUUUGAGCCUUCCUGCUAUGGGCGGGGGGGGGGGCACAAUGCUUAUUUCUUUCCAUUCACAUACUUGUUUAAUAGUGACAUUAGCUUGGCUGAAUUCAUUGGGCUUUUAGCAGGAAGGGGAGGUGAUCACCCUGAUUCAUUGCUGACUUGUCUGAAAGCCCAGUCAGUUGGAUACAGGCAAAGCCUCCUCUUCUUUUCAAAUGACAUUUCCUUGUUGCUUGUAUGUAUAAACAAUAGGCGAAGAGUUAGCUAAACCUUUACACCACCAACCCUUUUUUAGGAUCCAUAUGAUAGUUUGGUACAUUUGCUAUGGAAGGCAAAGGGGAACUGAAGAGGGGAGCAAAAAUGAGUUAUUCUGCAAACAUACCAGAAUAGUCCAGCCCUAAAUAUUGUGAGCAUGAAAUGAGGUUGGGGGCGGUGUUUAAAAUUCCACCGAAGUGUACAAAGACAGUUGAAAAUGUAUGUGUGGCUCUUUCUCUUAAGUGCUGUUUGGAAGCGCUGCAAAUGGAGCGGAGCAGACAACUGUUGAAGUGCCAUGUUUUCCAGGAGGCUAGGGAACAGAGCUUUUAAUAAACCAUCAGGGAGCAGCCCGCCUUUGGUGCUGAUAGCAUGAUGAGGCCGGGUAGCUUUGCAUGGUGAGUAGGUAGCAGCAAAUGCUGUGGUUCCCCCUUGCAAAUGUUCUGGUUCUGUGUAAACAUUACAGUUAAGGCUUAGCAGCCUGCCCUUUAUCCUAUCCUAUGAGCUUGCGUGCACACGCAAUUUUGCAUUUGACUAUACGUGAUUUUGCCUUUAUGCACUAUCCUCGAAACGUAACCCCUGUGUAAGUUGAGAGUCGCCUGUAAUUAUCUCAAGGUGUACAUUUGUUGGUACCAUUUCUGGGUGCAGAAAUGAGAGCAGGGUGUUGAAACUAAAACACAACCAUCUAGUCCUGUAUUCUGUUCUCAUAGUGGUGUCUCUGGGAAGCCCACAAACAGGGCAUGAGCACAACAGCACUCUCCCCACCUGUGAUUUCCAGCAGCUGGUAUUCAGAGGUGUGCUGCCUGUUGACAGUGGAGGUCAAAAAGAGUCCAAAGAACUCUUAAGGAAGAAAGCACUAGGUAAUCACAUGGAAGACACUUGAGACUACCAAAAAUCAUUGCUUGAGCUCUCAUGGAGAGGCGUGAGGUGGGAAGGCAGAAGAAUUGGGAGGCCCGAAUUGAGUGUCAGUUGCAUAUAAAUGUGAGAACAAGAGGAAUUGAGAGAGGAGAAUGCAGGGGACAGCAGAUAGAAGGAAAGCUGCCUGUAGGGACAGAGGAGAUGGUGCGUUGUGGGAAGUGCGAGCUGGUGGGAAAUGAGUGAAAAGAUAGGGUUUGGUGGUAGCUGGAAAGCCACCAGUGAGAGACCCCCCCCUCCCGAUUUACUGAGCUUCUGUGAUGUCACAGCAUUCUGAAGCCAAAACAUCAGCAGGCCUAGGAACAGAAGAAUGUGUGUGCUGUUGGUGUGGAGGUUGCCAACCAGUGUGGAAGGCUGAAUAUAUUUUGCAAAUAUGCAAAAGCUGCCCUGAGCAGCUUUCUUUCCGUUCUUCCUGCCCCCUCCCCAGUUUAAACAGAAUGAUAAAACUAGAUAAACAAGAGGCUUCUGUUUCUAUAGUUCCGGGUGCUUGGGAAUUAUUAACACUGACAGAAGCUCAUUUUGGUGUACAGUUCUGGGUCUUUCAGCCAAAUUUGUAUUAAGCAGCAAGGGAUGCAGUGGAGCCAAAAGAGUAGCUCUGUCAAAGACUGAAGGAGCUGCACAAGUUCUCCUAGCCCAGGGAAAAAGCUAUUAACACUUGUAAGUGAACCUGGGAGCAUUCUUGAAGGGCAUUAUAUAACAUUGGCUAAAUACUGAAGGGGAAGCAUGGGAUGGGCUGUAGGAAGGGGGUGAGACGGUUUUGCCAUUCUGUUCGCAGAGGAUGGAGGAAGAUAUAAUGAGUUUAAAACAGGAAGACGCUUUUUGGUUAAACAGUAGGAAGAGCUUCCUGACCACAGUAGUAAUUGAACAAUGGAAUAAGCUGUUGAAGGAGGCUGUGGAGCCUCUUUCCUGUCAGGAUGUUUUGAGGUAUAGGAUAUCCUGCUCUAUAGCUAGGGAUUGGAAUAGGCAGGCCCACUGCUUGCUCCUAAAGCAUAUAGGCACCAGAAUCCCCCAAAACCAGGUGUGGCCAUUGUGGUUGUUUAUUAAAUUUGUAUACCGCCCCUCAUUCGUAGAUCUCAGGGUGUUUCACAACAUAAAAUUACCGUAUUGUUCUGUCAGCCCCGCAAGUCCAUUUAACCACUCCUUUGUUACACAUUGCACUUCUCUCCAAGUCCGUCUUCCACAGAAAUAUGCUGAAUAUUCUUGGAAUAAAGUGAGUGUGCUUCAUGAGUCACACUUAUAUUAUUAUUAUUAUUAUUAUUAUUAUUACAGUGGUACCCCGCAAGACGAACGCCUCGCAAGACGGAAAACCCGCUAGACGAAAGGGUUUUCCGUUUUGGAGGCGCUUCGCAAAACGAAUUUCCCUAUGGGCUUGCUUCGCAAGACGACAGCCCAUAGGGAAAUCUCAGGGACAGCGGGAAGCGCAGCGCGUCUUCCCCACUGUCCUCGGACCUCCUCCGAAGCCUGGCGGCGGGGCGGGGACACCUCCUCCCGCCGCCGCCGGGCUCGGAAGGCUCCUCCGAGCCGGGCGGGGGAGGAACACCUGCCGCCGCCGCCCGGCUCCGGAACGGUGCUCCGAGCCGGGCGGGGGAGGGAACACCUGCCGCCGCCGCCCGGCCGGGACGGUGCUCCGAGCCGGGCGGGGGGAGGAAGACCUCCCGCCUCUGCCCGGCUCGGAACGGUGCUCCGAAGCCGGGCGGUGGGGAGGGAAGACCUCCCGCCUCUGCCCGGCUCGGAACGGUGCUCCGAGCCGGGCGGGGAGGGAAGACCUCCCGCCGCCGCCCGGCUCGGAACGGUGCUCCGAGCCGGGCGGGGGAGGGAAGACCUUCUGAAGGCGGGCGGGGGCGAAAGUCUUGCUCCCCCUGCCUGCCUGUCCCGGAGGGCUUUUGAAGGCGGGGAGCAAGACUUUCGCCCCCGCCCGCCUUCAGAAGAGGUCCAGGACCUCUUCUGAAGGCUGGCGGGGGCAAAGUCUUUGUCCCCCCUGCCUGCCUUCCCAGGGGCUGUUAAAUUGCCCCGGACAGCGGAGAAGUCCUCCGCUGUCCCGGGGUGAUUUAAAAUGCCGCCCGCCAGCAUUUUAAGAUCGCCCGGACAGCGGAGAAGUCCUCCGCUGUCCCGGGGUUUUUUAAAAUGCUGGGGGUGGGAAGAAAAGCCCUUGCCCCCCCCCCCCAGCCUUCAGAAGAGGUCCGGGGACAGACUGUCCCCGGACCUGGUCUGAAGGCGGUUUCCCUAGGAACGCAUUAAUUGAUUUUCAAUGCAUUCCUAUGGGAAACCGUGCAUCGCAAGACGAAAAACUCGCAAGACGAAGAGACUUGCGGAACGAAUUAAUUUCGUCUUGCGAGGCACCACUGUAUUAUUAUUAUUAUUUAUUAUUUGUACCCCAGCCACUCUUGGCACUUCCAACAAAGAUUAAAAAUACAUAGAAAUGUCACACAUUAAAAACUUCCCUAAACAGAUGUCUUCUAAAUGUCAGGUAGUUGUUUACCUCUGGGUGUUCCACAGGGCGGGCGUCACUACCGAAAAGGCCCUCUGCCUGGUUUCCUGUAACUUUACUUCUUGCAGUGAGGGAACCGCCAGAAGGACCUCGGCGCUGGACCUCAGUGUCCGGGUUGAACGAUGGGGGUGGAGAUGCUCCUUCAUUUUUUUCCCCAAAGAUAUUUAUUAAGAUUUUCAAAAUAUUACAAAAUAAAAAAAGAAAAAAGAAAAAUACAAAAUAAAAAUAGUUAAAAAGGAGAUGCUCCUUCAGGUAUACUGGACCAAAGCCGUUUAGGGCUUUAAAGGUCAACACCAACACUUUGAAUUGUGCUCAGAAAUGUAUUAGGAGCCAAUGUAGGUCUUUCAAGACCAGUGUUAUAUGGUAUUGGCGGCUGCUCCCAGUCACCAGUCUAGCUGCCGCAUUCUGGAUUAGCUGUAGUUUCCGGGUCACCUUCAAAGGCAGCCCAACGUAGAGCGCAUUGCAGUAGUCCAAGCAAGAAAUAACUGGAGUAUGCACCACUCUGGCGAGACAGUCUGGCUGGUAGGGUCUCAGCCUGCGUACCAGAUGGAGCUGGUAGACAGCUGCCCUGGAUACAGAACUGACCUGCACCUCCAUGGACAGCUGUGAGUCCAAAAUGACUCCCAGGCUGCGCACCUAGUCCUUCAGGGCACAGUUACCCCAUUCAGGACCAGGGAGUCCUCCACACCAGUGUCCCCCCCGUCCCCCAAGAACAGUACUUCUGUCUUGUCAGAAUUCAACCUCAAUCCAUUAGCCGCCAUCCGUCCUCCAGCCGCCUCCAGGCACUCACACAGAACCUUCACUGCCUUCACUGGUUCCUAUUUAAAAGAGAGAGCUGGGUAUCAUCCGCAUAUUGAUAGACACCCAGCCCAAACCCCCCUGAUGAUCUUUCCCAGCAGCUUCAUGUAGAUGUUAGAAAGCAUGGGGGAAAGCAAGUGAGGGCCCAGGGGUCUGAACACUCGUCCCCCACACCACUUUCUGGACAUGGCCCAGGAGGGAGGAGACAGGAACUCAGCAGUAAUAUAAACUAAUAUUGUACUUUGCGUCUCCAAUAUGUAACGGAGGGACAGCAAUAAGGGCUCACAUUUGCAGGGGUGGCUGUAAGUGUUUCUGAGAAAAUAUGUUUGACGCUUGAAAUGCAUGGUGGCUGUCAUUGUUGCGUGUUUGAAAUUCCUUUUAUUUUUGGCUUGUUGUCCCACCCCGCUCCCUAUCCCACUGUGCCAGGAAUCAGCUCAGGAAUAUCGUGAGCAGGUGGCGGUCGGGAGGUCUUGCGAAGCACAGACUGCUUUUCUCCGAGCUGCAGAGCAGCCAUAGGUGUUUGGGGGGAAGGCCAGGACUUCCUCAGCUUGGGAUACGACUUCCAAAUGAGAUUGAUUUCUGUCCCUUAGGGUAAGAAAUUAAAUCAAACUCUCCACGCACAGUGAAUAAGUGAAACUUCCUGGUGCUGUGAUCUUAUUCAUCCCAUGCACACACACACUUUUUGUUUCAAAGCCGUUUCAGUUUCUGUGCAAAUCGCUUUCUUGCUCUUAGCUCCCAGUAUGUUCCUGAAGCCUCAAGCUCUUUUCCCUGCUUCAUCAAAGAGCUUGUUGCCAACCUGCCAGGAGAAUCUGGGGACCACAGCAGCUACAUCUAAAUACAAGAGAUGAACAAAGAAAUUAAUCUCUCCUUUUGUUUGGAUUGAUUUUUGAGGCCAGAACAGAGAGGAGAUCAGAAUUAUAUUGUGCUAUUAUCCUCUUUUUAAAAAUAAAAUAAAAUCCAACAGACCAUAGUUUCUUAUUGAAUGUCACGCUGCCUCUUUGAAGGAAUGGACUCUUCUUCCCUCUGAUUCCCCCAUCCUCCCCACUGUGAAAUGCCCUUAAGGGGUCUGACUUGGUGUUAUAACGGAUAACUUGAUGCUUUGAAAAAACACCAUGAAUGUAUGUCUUAUUUUAUUCCCCCCCUCCCCAAGAUGUAUAACUAUUGGCUUCUGACCUGUAGGCUUCACAGGGACUUUUGUGUUGGCAGCCACCUCAGUUUUGCAGGAGCAUUGUUGUAAUCUUUGCAGUGCUCCUCAAAUGAGGAAAGCUGCAUAUUAACCCUUCUAGGGAAGAAGUGGAAUGAGGGAACUCAAAGAGUAGCAUAUGAAGACAUUCCUUUCCUGGAUCUAUAUACCAGGCAUACAUAUCCUGCGAUCAGGCUGCAGAAUUAUAGAAUUUAUCACAGAGCAUAUAAUACCACCAACAAUCAGUGUUUGAAACUAACAAGGCACGUUUUCCUACUGGCACAGGUCAAAUUGCAACUAUGUGGAGGUUUCUGGGCACCAGGUUGGUGACCACAGUUUAAAAACCUCUGCCAUAGUUAAUACCAUUUCUACUGUUUAUGUUUCUCCAUCUUGCUUACUGGGACAAGUGAAUUGUUGUAAGAGCAAGCUACAGUCAAGCAAUGAACAGUGGUACCUCGGGUUAAGUACUUAAUUUGUUCUGGAGGUCCUUUCUUAACCUGCAACUGUUCUUAACCUGAGGUAACACUUUAGCUAAUGGGGCCUCCCACUGCCGCAGCACAAUUUCUGUUCUCAUCCUGAAGCAAAGUUCUUAACCCGAGAUACUAUUUCUGGGUUUGCGGAGUCUGUAACCUGAAGAUAUGUAACCCGAGGUACCACUGUAGUUGAAGUCACAGAAUCAUAGAAUCGUAGCAUUGAAAGGGACCCAGGGAUCAUCUAGUCUAACCCCCUGGCUGAUAAACAUUCAGUUGUGGUGACAGUGACCUAAGUUUAAGGUGCCAUUUGGCACCUAGCUUAUGUAUUUAGUUUCUAACACUGCCAACAAUCCUAAAAAUCUUGGCUUUCGUUAAAAUCCCAGAUGGGCAAGUUUAGCUAAGCUGCCUUUGAAAUAGUGGGGUAGAUAGAAGAAGAUUUGAUCAGCCUUCUUGUGGUCAGGGUUUUUAUAUUCUAAUUUUAUGUCUUGAACUGCCCUGAGAUCUGUGGAUGAAGGGUGUGGUAUACACAUUUAAUAAAAAAAGAUGAACUACGAAACUCCUUUCCCCCCCUCUGUGACGGGAACCAGCACAAUCACAGCUAAGAAAAUUGACUGUGUAUUUACAUUACUUUAAGUUGCAGAACUCUGCUUUCAUAGCAAAAGAAUUUUGAGUUUAAAAGAGAAAUGGUAAAAUUUAGAAGAGCCUCCUUGUAGAUUAUGUACGUAGCUGGCAGGGCCAGGCUCCAAGUGGUAAACACAGUGGUGAUGAGGUAGACAAAACCUCUUGGGCGAAAGAGCAAGCCAGAGUCCAGAAAAACACAGGGAAAUCUAGGAUGCAGAUGGAAUUGAAGCUAGGCGGGAAGCAUGUGCUAUAACCACGCAUGUUUGCUGACAGAAUCCAAGCAGGAACUAGAAACAUGGAAGGAGCUGGCCAAGGGCAAGCAGAAGAUGAAAAGAAAUGAAAAGUCCCUGAAAGUAACUCCUACAAGGCUGUUUUCAGGACAGCAGCAAAGACAGUGAAGCCACAAUGGGGUGAACAUGACUGUGAAAUCAAAGUUAGCCUCACCUACCUCACAGGGUGGUUGUGAGGAUAAAAAAGGAGGGAAGAGAGUGAACGAACGAACAAACAAACGAAUGAAUAGUACUUCUGUCUCCCCUGCCCAAGGCAGCACCAUUAAUCCUCAGGUAUUAUAACUCACCGGAGGCAUGGGUUAAAAUCACUUGGCUGCCAGCAUGAGACUAGAAACUUACUUUUUCUAUGGAAGUUAAAUUUUCUGGAAUUCUGCUGAACCUGCCUGCCGUGUUCCACACUUCCCUAGGAGUUAUGGUGCCAUGCACAGGCUUCUGGAGCCUCCCUUGCUUUAUGCUUCAGUCAGCACGGACGGUGCCGCCUCUAGGCUGCUUUUGUCUGGCCAGCUUGAAACGGCUACCUCGUUCUAGAGAGAGAACAAUAGGCUGCUCACAGUCCACCGUCACAUGUUAUGUUGCGGUGCCUGAAAAGGGAGCAAGGAAGCCCUGUGGGGUUUUGGUUCUCCCCAGCAAUUAGAAGGGAUGUUUUGUUUGUGCAGGGCAAUGGCAGCUAAUUUCAACUCCCAGCUUCCACUUUCUAGCCCCUUGUCUUGUUUAACUGUUUUGAGCUGGCUGGCUUAGGUGCAGCAACCUGUGGGUUUUUCUACACAGCUCAGGGACACCAAACAGGUUUGUGUGUGAAGUAAUUUAACCUCACGAUGAUCCUACCCUGCAUCUUACCUUCCUAUUCCUGCCACCUUAGAUCAUGAAACUCUUGACAUAGUAAAAGUCUCUCUGAGUGUCUGAGAGAUUGACUUCACUUGUUCUGAAUGUCUGUGAUUUCAUAAAGUGUCACAUACAGCGUUUCAUACAUAUCCAGUGUAUGGUUUUUAAAACCUGACUUGUCCAGAGCAGCGGGCAAGGGGGAAGCUGCAGAACAACAACAACAUAGAGGAGGAGGGUGUCUUUUUUGGUGCAAGAUCUUUAAAAAAAUAAAUAGGGACAAGGAAUUUGCUGUGCAGAUGUUCUCAGCAAGCUGCUUUUUCGUUUUCAUGGAACUACCAGUUUUACCCAGUGGGAACAGUGCAUGGAUCUCCUUCAGCCAGGGGGCAGUCUCUCUGAGCAAGGAGCCUCUUGCCUUUGCUUGGCAGUGGCUGCUGCUAACAGCUGCUCCCACACUGCAUAUGUAGCUAAGAUAAGCUGUGCGUGAGUGUGGGCGUCGGGUGUGGGAAAAGUUGACCCUUUCAGGGAGCUUUGGCAUAUCUCGUCUGCUUUUAUAAUGUGCGCAUGCUCUAGCUUAUUUACCAGCUUUUGCAUGGGGUGGCUGGAAAUCUCUCCCCAGAGAUCUAGUUCCCUGUGGAAUUGGACAGACUCACUUGAUUGCAUGCUGUAUGCUGAUACGCAUGGUUUUGUGGCUAAGGCUGACCGUAGCAAACCACAGGCGACUAACUUGCUCCCCCUCCAGAUGUUAUUGGACCCCAGCACCCAUCUGCCCUACCAGCAUGACCAAUGGUCAGAGGUGAUGCAAGUUGUAGUCUAAUGGCAUCCAGAGGGCUGCAGGUUCCCAACCCGUGCCUUUAAAGAAUUUGGAACCUAAGGAAAUCAAAAGUAAAUGUUCAGAAUUUCUAAAAUCACCAGCACUGGGUUUCUAGGUGCCAUCCCUGUGCAGGGAGAAAAGGGUUUAAAUCGAGCCAUUUCUCAGCAGUGGGGCUGGGCCAGAUCUUUUGAUGAAUCCACAGUCUGGUUAGUGCCAGGAGUUCCGCUCCUAGUCCUCCUAGUCGGCUUGACAAUCUGCGGGAGGUACUCCUUGAGGUAUUUGCCUGGAAGGAACAGGCUAUUGUUGCUUCUCAGUCCUGGUGUCUCUUCUAGGUCUGGAUUUCUGAUUCAACUCAACCCUUGCUGGAGACAAGGAGGAGGAGGGAGGAAGCUGGAAUGUGUUUUACAGAAUGGGAUAAAACUCUUGAGUUCAGCUGUCUCAGCAUGUCCAUAAAAGGAAGUUCCUUGGUUUAGUCAGCCAUGGGAGUUUCUUCCCUUCCUUUCUCCCCCUCCCUCCCUCUCCGCCCUCCAAUCCCAAUCACUGACCUGAUUAAUCCGAGCUCCCCCAUUCGAAUAUGUAGAACCAGGAAGCACUGUAAUUCCCCCAGGUGGUUCUGAAACCAGCUUCCUGAAUAAAGGAGUUGGGCCAUAUCUUACAGCUCAGCCUGGAAUGAGGAACAAAAGUCAACAAGCCUGGCUGUCUUCCUCUUCCUAAGAGGACCCAAUCUGGUGCCCUCCAGACGUUGCUGGACUAUAACUCCCAUCACCCCUAACUCUUGACCAUGCUGGCUGGGGCUGAUGGAAGUUGUAGUACUACAAUAGCACCUGGAGAGUGCCACUUUGAUACCCCUGGUCCAGAUACUUGGCCUUUGCUUUUCUCUGUCUCUUCAAAAGUGCAUUACACCCUGGAGGGUGUAGCAAGCCUGCUGAGCCUCGUUGCUCUUUUGUGUUUUUGCAAGAGGGUACCACUAAGGCAAAAUGGCCUUGGUCCAAACCUCACACAUCUGAAGGCGAUAAAGCAACCCGUGGCCUGCAAAAGUUUGGCAGUACAGUGGAGGAUGAGCUGGGUUUUUAAAUAGGUGAGAACUUAAAGGCAAGGGGGUAUGCAAACCACACGCCAGGACUGCUUCAUCUAACUUGAAUAGCUCAGUUGGUUGGGGUGUAGGGCUGAUAACACCAAGGUUGCAGGUUCUAAGGCGACAGCUGCAUUUUCCUGCAUUGCAGGGGGCUGGACUAGAUGAUUCUCAGGGUCCCUUCCAGCUCUAUGAUCACCUCUCACAUAGGCAAAUGUACAUAAGGACAUUCUGCUGGAUCAGAACCAUGGUCCAUCCUGUAGUGUUCUUCCGUGAUGGUCUUAAGCUUCUCUUUUGAAACCAUUUUGGACUUGCUGUAUUACCAUUGCCGAAAAUAUCCUUUAAAUUUGAUGAAGGAAAAGUGAGAGGUGGCUGUUUCCUUCCAACAACUAAUAACAGCUACGGUUUCUUAAACUGUAAGCCGUUGCAUACUCAAGACAAGGCAUGAUAAUAACAGCAACCUUCCAGGCUGCCUGUGUGCCACAAAUAGACAGUCCAGAUAUAUUUGUGGGUAGGCCAGCCAAUAGUUUUUGAAGGUUAGUAACUGUGGAUUAAUUGCAAAACCACCCAGUGCUAUCUCAUUCAAGUACAUCACAAAAGUGCCUGUUUGCAAUACUUAAAAUGUAAUCAACCUAAUGAAUCGCUAAAGCGUAGAUGACUUUUUCGAAAAAUAAUACAGAUACACAUGGGAAUUGUAUUAGGGCUUCAAAAGUAUUUUGGGGGCUGAUCCGAAAAUGGGCUGUCUCAUGCUGUUCUCUUCUUCAAGUACUCUACAGUGUCGGCCGCUCUGUGUUGUCGGCUCUUGUUGCAUUCUUGUUUGUGUUUUGCACGCCAGGCAAAGGUAGAUGUUAAAAAUAGCCGUGCUGUACUUAAACUCCCAUUUUGAAGGGCCAGAAACAUUAGAAAUGAAUUGGCUUUUUAUAUACAGCUGGUAAGCAUCUGAAGCUCUGGAAAAUGAAAAAUUUAAAAUUCAGCUAUGAGCUCUCUAAACUCAAGAGGGAAUUGUUUGUUAAGCUAAACCUUGCCCCCCGCCCCCCGGUAUGCUAGGAUAUGUGCUUGAAACCUGUCCUUGAAACCUUUAGGUAUGUAAUGCCUGUAAGUCAACUAAUGUAAGGCAGCAUUUCUUCUCUGAGUCUAGCGUUACUUUAUUCCCUCCCCUUUUUUCCACUUUUGCAAACUGCUGAUGCCGUUUGAAAAUGGCUCGGGAGCUCAAAGCGCUACCCUGCAACAUGGCUGAGUUUUGCUCAGUGCACAGCUUUGAGAUAGUGAAACACCCGGAAGAAAUGGAUUCUACAUAUCUUCUUGCCAAGGGCUCAUUCUUUAUGGGGCAGAUCCAGUUGGUUAACUAGCUGCCAUAUGGCUCCCGUACCAGAUGAAGGAGAGGAUUUACCUGCGGGAAGAACAUAACUCUUUACGGUUUUAAAAACUAAUUGCAUAAACUGGAGAGCUAGGGACAGAGUGUCAGGUUUGGUUCUCAUAUUGGCUUUGUGUGUGUAUGUGUAUGAUUGCUGCUGCCGCCGCCACUGUGCUAAACUGUGUGGGAACAGCUUCGCUAUGGGGUGUGGUGAUUUCAAUCAUGUCAGCACAACUACCUGCAAAUGAGUGGCUCUGCUGACUUGGUUAAAACUGCCCUACCCCCACAUCAGAGCCAGUUACUACAUGUGCUGAGGCCUGUACACAGCUCCCUGUGUGGUUCUCCCUCCCACCACCUUCAUUACAGCAGCAGCAAUUAACACCACAAAGAGAACCUGCAAAUCGAACUUGGAGGUGGACUUGUGAGAAUGAGACAAAUUCAUGGAGGAUAAGGCUACUAGCCACAGUAGCUUGGUUCUACCUCGGAAGCAGCAGCAGUUACUGGAAAUUGUAGGAGAGGGCGCUGUUGUGCUCAAAUCCUACUUUGGGGCUUCCCAUAGGUGUCUGGUUGGCCACUGUGAGAACAGGAUGCUGGUCUAGGUGGGCUAUUGGCUGAUCCAGCAGGCUCUUACGUUUUUGCAACUGUAUAAAAUAUAUGUGUACACACAAAAUAUAUGUAUAUACACACACACACACACACACACACACACACACCAUACAUUCCUUUCGGUGAAAGGCCGUGUGUGUACAUGUCAUAGGCGCCAACUCUAUGGGGUGAACUCCCCCCAAAGUAUGUGGGAACAGGGCUGAGCCCCCACAAUCUUGAGGGGCCGGGCCUUGCUGGGUCUUCCUAUGACAAGCGCCCCCCCACCCAAUGUUGCAUGGAACUUGACGCCGCUGAUACAUGUGGACAGGUGGUUAGUCCGAUGCACAGAUGCACUUUUUGCAUUGAUGUUUGUUUUAUGGAAUACACAUUUGUUAAUGAAUUAUUGUAACCCUGAGUUUCUUUUCAUUAAGAGUGGGUUUAAUUUUUUUAAAAAAACGGAAAAUAUUGUGACUACAACUGCACACUUGUCUGUAUUGCUGCAUGUAGGUUAAGCGUAAUUGUAAAACCUUGUACCCCUUUUGGAAGCGUUUUCGAUAUAGGAAAGCAAAUAAUGCUUGAAGUGGCCUGGAAGUGAGUGGCUCAGGGGCAUCUAGCAUACUUCACAGCCAAGAAGCUACAGUCAUACCUCGAGUUGCGAAUGUGAUCUGUGCAGGAGGCACGUUCGCAACCCGCAGCGCUGUGUCUGCGCAUGCGUGUGAUGCAAUUCGGCACUUCUGUGCAUGCUCGUGACGUCAUUUUGCGGUUCUGCGCAUGUGCGAGAGCCGAAACCCAGAAGUAACCCGUUCCGGUACUUUCCAGUUUGGCACGGUCCGUAACCCGAAAACAUGCAACCUGCAGCGUUCGCAAGCUGAGGUAUGACUGUAUCUGGACCCGGGUGGAUAUUUCCAUCUUAGCCCAGUUCAUUAUAUACUGAAUUGCAUUGACCUGCCUGGACGCUGGCAAAGGGAGUGCCAGGCUGAGAAGCUCCUUUCCCCCAGGAAUAUGUCCUCCACUUUUCCUCAUCUCUCUGCACCUGGAGGGAGGAACCUGCCUGACUGGCUUUCCUGGAGAAGGAGGUGGCAGUUCACCAUCAUUCCUAACGUGGGUGUGGUAGCUGUUCUUAACUUUCUGUUUGAAGGGAGGCACCUUCGCUAACCACAGACGUAGCAUAAAGCUACAUUUUGCUGGUGUGCAAUCCAGUUGCUUCAAUACCAGAGUUUUACCUUGUUCUAUCAGUGUUCUUAGUAGGUAUUGGCCAUGUUUUAUUCCCAGCCAGUUUGAUGAUGCACAUACUUAAGAAUGCAGUUAUGUUUAGCAGCCACAAAAAAAUGUUGCAUUUCUGCGAGAUCCCCUUCCCCCCCUCCAUCUGAAUUCUCAGCAUUGCUGCAGAACUGUGAUCCCCAUGUUUCUUUGGGAGAAGUAAUGACAGUUAAGGACAGCUGAGAUUUAUGACAUACGUGUUCCUGUCUUGUCUGUGGUGCUGUCAGUUACUAGAAUUGUUUUUUUUACUUAAGGUCGCAAUCGGCAGAAUCAAGUGUUAAAGCUUUUCCUGGACUUAAUCAUUGCAGACAGGGAGUGGGAUUGUUUGCCUGAACUCUCCCGCCCACAGGAACCAGACUGAACAAAAAAUAAGUGGGAGAGAGCAUGCUAAUUUUCAGCCUGCGUAGUGUAUUCGUGGGGAGAAAGUUCAGAUAUGUGAACUUUGCUUCCCCCAGAUAGUGAGGUUGCCUAGAUCAGCUUGACCGCACAAUCCUGCUAAUUGCAUCCGUUGACUCCUAGGCUGCGUACUCGCCAUACAUUUUAAAGCACAUUACUUCCCCUCCUCCAAAGGAUCCUAGGAAGUGUGCUUUGUUAAAGGUGCUGGGAAUUGUAGCUGGGGGGGGGGGGGGUAAACUGCACCUCCCAGGAUUCUUUGUGGGAAGAAAAGUGCUUUAAAUGGAUGCUGUGUAUGCAACCUUAGACCCUGGUUCAAGCCCCUGACAGAUAGCCAUUGCGUGAGGCAAGUCAGUCCCUCUUACAAAAUGCCUGUUAAUCACGAUGGCUCUUCCUGUUUGUAUCACAGCGUUGUUGUGAGGCCAGAAUGAGAUACAGGCAUGUAUCAUGCACAGAGCUCCUUGGAGGAGGGCCAGCAUUACAGAUGUGGGGAUAAUAAUUAUGGAUACUGUGCUGGUUGCAGCUCUGGAUAGGAUUGGCAAGAUGUGGCAACUUUUACCCUGUGAUGGAGCUGGAAGAUAAAUAUCUUUAAGGUCUGACUGUCGUGGUCCACUAAAAUAGUGGCUCCUUUGAUUUUUGAUUUUUUUAAAAAUCCAGUUUUUCUCACACGAGAGUCUCCCUUGGAUAUUCAUCUUCAGAAAGCUGUUUCUCAGGCGCUCAGCAUGUAGUCGUGAUUAACCUAGCAUAGCAGCUGCUAUUUAGGUCUCAAGCUUCCUAGCAGUUCUUGCCACAGGCAGCCAGUCAAGGGUUUGUGAGCAUGGCUUACGUGUGCUGCCCCGAAACUUGAUGCUGGGCAGGCAGUGGGAGGCACAUCUGCAAUUUGACUGCAUCGGGGUUUUGCUCAAUUUAUUGUACUUCCAGGUGUUCAAAUACACGGGAGGUUUUUCUUUGCAGGGUGGCAGCUGUUGGAAAUGAAUGACAUGUACAUAAAUUAGUAUUAGCUGGGCUGCAGGGUAGGAACAAGGAACAGUGCAAGACGCUUCAGUCUUUCUGCCUGCUUGCAUCCCCGCUUCUGGCUUCUGAAAGUUUGCCUGCACCCCUCAGGCUUUUCAAAAGCAAGAGUGCCGAAAAGCUGUAUUCUUAAGAUACGGCAUCAUUUGCCCUCCAGAUGUUCUGGGCUGCAAUUCCCAUCAUGCCCGUUCAGCACAUCUGGAACAUCUGGAGGGCACCAGGUUGCUGAGGCCUAGAGAGAGUUUUUAUUUAUUUUGCUAGGUUUUGCUGGCUUGAAGCAAAACAAACGUGCAAUACACUGCUACUGUGCAAAGUGUGGGGAGAGGGGUUGCCAUUUUGGAAAGAGGUGAUCUGAUUUGUCAUGGGCACUUUUUGGCUAGUGCCUGCUGAGCAGCAGGAGGAGCUCUUCCGCCCCUGUCCUCCCCCCAGUUCUCAGAUCAGGCUGAAUUCUGUUUUAGGGUCAUAACAUAUGUAGAGUGAAGAUGGACCCUUCUCAAGGCAGCAUGUAGCAAAAAGAAAAAAAAGCCUCGUCUGUUAUUUCCCCCCCUUUACGAAUGUCCUUACCCAUAUCCUCACACCCACAUGAAAUUCAUGCACAGGAGAAUAAAGAAACAUUGGCUUACUACAUGAAAUGAAAGACAGAAUAUGUGGAUGUUGCUUCAGGCAGCAGCGUUAUAAUAUUAGCAGGCAACAAACCUUGACACCACAGACACACCUUGAUCGGAAGAGUAAAAGAAUCCCUAACUAUUCCUGCUUUGCAGAGGCUUGGAUUAGAUGACCCUCGGUGUCCUUUCCAACUCUGUGAUUCUGUGAGCGGUUGACACUGACAAGGCUUUAGGUAUACUUUCCCCUAAUAGCGGCUGUCGAGUCUCAAGUGCGAGUCUCCUCCUCCACCACCGCAUUCAGUUGUUUUCGAAAAGUAUGCACACAAUUCCUUUCAUAAAAACCGUGCCCCCCCCCCGUCAGUAUAGAAUGCAUUCCGGCCUGUCCUCUUUGGUUUGUUCUUACGUGUUGUGUGGUCAGGAGCAUGGCAGCAGCUCCCUCCCUUCGCAGCAAGGUCCUCUCCUCUCCUCCCACCCUGCACUAGAGGUCAGGUUGACUUUUGAACUGGCCCCUGCUGGGUUCUCCCAGGCAGGCUGAAGAUGCAUGAGGAUGCUUUGAACCGAUUGGCUGCAUGGGUCCUGCUACUCCCCCCGCCCCCAGAUGGUGAAGCCCGUCCAAGAUACCAAACAUCUUGCCUUCAAAUUGCACGGGGAAAGCACUCUGCCCAGCCUCACUCGUGAUGACUCAGCUGCACAUACCCACACACCCCGGGCUUUGUGGAAACUUGAGUUGGUGAUUUGUGCAUGUACCUCCUUUCUCCUUCAGAUGUGAUGCAUGUGUUGACUUGCACAGCGUUCAUUCUCUUUCUCAUAGAUACACUCACUCACUCUACUUUUAUCUUGGUAAUCAUCCUUGACUGUCACCCUGGCAUCAGCGCUUCCCUCUCACAUUCCUAUCAUGUAGAAUUAGCAUAGGGCUGCCUCAGAGGGCGAGGUUAGUAUCUUCUUUGGGGGGGGGGGGUGACUUAACAGGUAUUUCUCUAGCAUCACACCCUUUCCUAGGAAAGCAGGCGGAGUCUGGAGCAGGCUUCCAACCAGCCCUGUCUCCAGACUUCCAGGGCAAGCUUCUUGGGAGAGGCAGAUACCAUCUCGGUGAGUGGUGUGUUUAUGCCUUUCGCUUCCUCUCUUUCCAAUGCCCCCCCAUGUCUCCUCUGGCAAUUGCCCAUGGCUUCCAAAAGCAAACAAGGCAGAGGUACAUUCCACGGUGUAUGCUUAUUUUUAGGCUUUUGGCUUGGCUGGGCUAGAGAUGAGUUCCUUUCCAAAGUGCUUUUGUUGUGCUACCUUUCAAAGCCUCGUUCUUCUCUCGGGGUGCCUUGGGGUUUCUCUGCUUUAAUAAAAGAGCCACAUUUAAAGGUUCCCCCCAGCGUGCAUAGAAGCUGCUCCAUCUCCUGCCUGCAAGAGAGCCCAUGUCGACUGGCAUAUUCUCGGUUCUUCAAACCCUGCUUCCUUCUCUCUUGCCCUCCCUUGCUGCAUACUGUACAGGCCAGGAAGUAGCAGAAUCUCUUGAGUUCCCUUACCAAAAUUGCCUUCCUGGCUGCAGACUCCUCCACAUUACGUCUCCGCAUGAGCCUCAAAGUGUACAGUUGUGAGGAUCUGCUAUAUAGUCGUGGCCUUCUGCAUGGCCUCUUCCCACCCUCCUUUAAAAUAUAUAUAAUUUCCAGGAGAACUUCAUUCUGAAAGGAGGGAGUGGCAGCGGGCUUAAGUGAAAGGGUUUUACAGGUGGAAAGAAUGAAGAUCUAGCCCUUUUAUUUACUGUCAAAAAGUUAAGGGUGCAGGUUAAAACAGUCCCAUGGAGUAAAGUAGACAUUGUCAUUACAUGGUUUCUUUUAAUCCUACGUGGCAUAUUUGAAAGCAAGAUGGGCGCAAUAAUAAAAAAGGCACAGACUCCUACUUUGAGGAGAAUGCAUGUUUAAAAUAAGAUGGAGGCAGAUCGUUUAUUCCAGUGCAAAAACAAUAUGAUCCAACAGUAGUAUGCACUACAGUGGUACCUUGGUUUGUGAACUUAAUCUGUUCCUGAAGUCCGUUCUUAAACCAAAACCGUUCUUAAACUGAGGUGCGCUUUCCCUAAUGAGGUCUCCCACUGCCGGUGCCUGUAUGUAAACUUUGAAAGUGGACAUAAAGGCUUUUUGAAGAGUUUUAUGUUCCUGGAAAUAGCUUUGUGUGUGGAUGUUUCCCUGGAUCCUUGUUGCGUUAAAAAUGUCAGAGCCCUUCCUGAGCCCAAAUAAGUUUGACUAUGGGCUUCUUAUACUUUAGUUAGUCCUUGGUGGUUUGUUUUGCAAUCAGUUGAUAUAGUCCUUACAUGGAGUGGUUCCACAUUUACGUCGCAUCGAACACACAUUUAAACCAUCUAACUUUCCCCAAAGAAUCAUGGGAACUAUAGUUUCCCCUCACAGAGCUACAGUUCUCAGCACCCUUAAACUACAGUUCCCAUAAGUCUUUGGAGGAAGUCAUGUGCUUUAAAUGUGUGUUGUAUGUUCUUCAAAAGUAUGGUGUGUAUCUGCAUGGGGAUUCUGUUGAAUGUAUAAACCAUCUCCCUUAAAGGACUGUGCUGGAGUUGGCAUUUGGUGCCCGUAAAAGAUCUUCCUGUGAUGAUUUGUGAGGUUUACCUGCAUAUGCAAAUCAAGAUUUCAUGAUGUCACACCCUCUGUGAGUCUGUAUCCUAAACUGUGUUCCCUUGACCCGAGACCCUAAAAUUCAGCAUUCAUAAGGCUUCUCCUUCCUUCUUAUAUUGACUUGCGGAACACUCUGCCACAAGGUAUAGCAAGCAUGUUACGGUGUACCGUAUACAGUAGUUGAGUUCAAAAGAGAGUGAGGCAAAACUGUGAAACAUGGUCAUUUCAGAGAGAACUCCCAUCAGGUAAAGGUCUACAGUGAGAAGACAGCAGAGCAUUUUCCAAUUUGUAUCUGCUGUUGCUUUGUGCCACGUGGUGUAAACACAGCUUGUGUCAUCCUGUAUUUGGUGAGCAAGAGUGUGUUGCCUCUACAAAGCUUGUACAUUUGCCCAGAAAAUGCAAAAGCUGUGGGAACGUGCUGUAGAUUUUUGUCCUGGUGUUAAUAUGCAAAAUAUAUAGAGCAGCGCUGUGCAGUACACAUAUUAAGGCUAAGGAACUGCUACAUUCUGAAGGCUAUCGUGAGUUCUAGAAGUUAUCCUUGUUCUAAUAAAAUAAAGUUGGAAUUCAUUGGAUGUGGUGGACAAAAGUAUUUUUGGUGGGGUGGGGCUGUGUGACACUACUUCUUGUAUGGGGAAUUCCGAAGCUAAAUGUGCAGGUCACAUACUCUGUUAGUUGGGUGCAGUAUGAAGAGGCACCCAAGUUUGACUUACUUUCCUGAACUUGAUACAGGGGGAUUUCAGCUGUUGGUGUGACUCAUUAUGGCUGUGGUUUAACCCUGGUGGAUCUUCUUGCAGAGCAGCCAUGGAGGUGGUGAACAUGAUGGAGCAACCCAUCAAGGUGACGGAAUGGCAGCAGACAUACACCUAUGACUCGGGCAUCCAUUCCGGGAUGAACACCCAGGUGCCAUCGGUGAGCAGCAAGUGUUUGGUGGACGACGACGACCUGUAUGGCAAGCAGUACACCAUUAAGAAGACCACCACUUACAGCCAGGCUGGAGCUGGGCAAGCCCAAGCCCAGGCACAAGGUGAAACUUUACUUAUAUGCUUAUUACGUGAAUCCUACAUGAUGGGAGUCAAUUGAGUUUCUAUUGAGUCAAUCUGUGGUUUCUAUUGAAUAACAAAAGGAAGUCUCGCAUCUGGGUACUGACUCAGACCAGCUUAGCUUGAGCAAGGCUGCUGCAGUGGGAGACAUUUCAGUGGUGCUCUGUGCAACACUCAAAUUUGGCGCCCCCACCUUUCACACUCUGUUCUGAAUCGUUGUGGUUCCCUCCAGCUGCCAGUGUUACAAGCUGGGAUAGUAAAGCCAGGAGCCAAUGGCUUCUGGGACCUGGGUUAUAGGCUCCAAAACAGAAUGUCUAGUCGCCAUUUGGGGGGGGGGGCGGUUUGGCUCGGCAACACUUUUUAUUUUUUAUUUUGAUAAGCAUGAACUAAUACACAAUUCACAUAAGUGACACAUUGUUAAUUUCACAUUUUUAGCAGAAAUUGUGAAUACAUGUUUAAUUUGGUGUUUCCAAUAAAAAUAUUGGUACCAAACUUCAAAACACUCUACCCUUCAUUGUUAAACAUAUUUUCUAUCCUUUAACAUAUUCUUUGAUGCUUCAAAGCACAUAUAUUUCAGUAAUCCUUGAAUGUCAGCCAGGCUCAAAAAAGUGGCUUCCAGAUUUUUUGAGGUGCUCACAAAUGAAGAACCUUUAGGCGCAAAAUGCACCUGGCACCCUGCUAUUUUUGAACCCUGCCUGCAGUGUGGAGCCCAGUGCGACUGCACUGGUCACCCUACCCUAAAACCACCUCUGGUUGCUGCACCAUGAACCUUCAGGCCACGCCCUUGCCUCAGGUCAUGUGAUGAAGCAGCGUUGCAUAUUGCCUCUUCACCCUGUUGCGUCUCCUGAGGAGGUUUACAAGGCAAACACGAAAUACAAUACUGAAGUCACCUCCAUUGUAAAAGAGAGAGACACAGACCGGGUGUUAUAGUGCCAGAUUAAAUCUCACCAGCACUGUAUCCGAACACUCUCCAGACUCUAAUGCCAUUUUUUUUUUUAAAAAAGCCAAUAAGAAGGGGGGGGGAAUUGGGAGCUAAACUUUCCAACCGCAUAGGUAGGGAAUCUGAAAAACGGGCACUGCGGCAGGGGAAAAAAAGCUCUGCUGUUGGUAACUGACAGCCUGGUUGCAGAAAGCAUAGGUGGUUUGGGUGAUAUGGAAGAAGGCAAUCAAUCAAUCAAUCAAAACCUUUAUUGCAUUAGCAUACAGCCAUAGCAAAAUAAGACAAAAAUACUAGAGACAAGCAACCAAACAAAAUUCAAAGCAAUAUUACUGGCGUAAUGACAUUUAAAUUACCCUAAGACAAUAAUGUAAAGAUUUAGUUGCCAGCGCCAAGAAUCCAAAAUGCGGAUGUAUAUAAAACAUAAAAUGGCCCCAAAAUAGGCUCGGCACAUUGGGUUGAAAAAGUAAUAAAAAGAAUUAAAACAGGUCCAGGUCUAGGACACACUACCCAGUCAGAGUAGCCCUGAGUUUCAGAGCCUGCACUAUAAAGAUUGCCACCCCACGUGAAAUUUGGGGAUUUGCGUCCACAAGAAGCGAUUUCAAACAGUCUUCCUUAGAUGUAAUGGUGGACGGGAUCAAGAGGAGGAGCUUAGGUCUUAUUGGCUCAUAAAUAGGGCAGUAGAAAAAGAAAUGUAUGAAGUCCUCUACUUCAUUCAUUGUGCAUGGACAUAAACGCUGAGUAAUAGGGGUCUUAGAGUAAAUCCCCUGCAGGAAGGCCGUGGGUAUAGAAUGGAAACGGGCCAUAGUAAACGCUCUGGAAGAAGGCAUUCCAUAAAGAAGGUAGGCUCCUCAGAACUGGACCUACCUUUUUCUACCAUAAAUUUUGUAUGGGUAGCAGCGCUGCUGUUGCAACCAACCAACCCACCCUGGGUCAGGCUGUAACUCUUUACUUUAUGAUGAUGAUCGUACUAAAAAUUCUUACUUGCCGUCAGCGGGUCCCAACACUAGUGUGCUCUAAGAGGCUAGGACUCUGGAUGUGUAGGGCUUUAAAGGUUAAAUCAGCGCUCAGAAAUUACUAACACAGACCCAAGACAUGCCUUGCUCCAGCAGGGCAGUAUAUCCAGACAGUUCUUACAUUUUUGCAAGAAUGCCGCUUCUGUGUGAUUACUUCCUAUGCUGUGAUUAGUUCCCAUGAGAGUGCAUGUUAGUGGCUAGUUUAACCACGAUGUUGUCACAGAAAACAGAACGUUUCAGUUCAUUCCACAUGAACUGGUGGCAUCUGAAUCUUGGGACGUGACCUCACUGCUCGUGUAGCAUAAGAACUGGUCCUCAGCCUUGUGAGCUGGUAAAUCUGGAUUCAAAUCCAAAUUCUGCCAUACCGUAGUCCCAUUGGGUGGGACAAGUAACAUUGCCUCAGCUGUGGUUCUCUGGCUAUGAAAUGGAAAGAGUACCUCCUGGUAGGAUGUUGUGAAGGUGGACUUGGACAAGGACGGAGAAAUCUGUAGCUCAAGGGUGUUUCCACAGUAACCCAGAGAAGCUAAUUCUUCUUUGUUCUUUUCACUUACUUUGCUACAUGGGAACUGCAACUUGAAGUAUGAACAAACCCAUGCCUAUUGAAAGUACCAAAGGGUAUGCAUUUUUGUGAUUUUUUUGCAAAAAAAAAUACAUACUCUUGCUCAGGCUUCUUUGGGGAAAUGUUCUUCUUUUGUGAAGAAUGCAUAUUGCAAGUGACCGACAUCACAGAUUUUGCAAAACAAAUUCGGUGCCUGUAAAAUUUGGCAAUGUGAUUUCGGUAAAAUGGAAGAGGAUCAGGAAACGGGGAGAGCAAAUUUUGUCCUGUCUUUUCACUGAGAUAAAUACAGAAGAGACUUGUAGGAGACUGCAGAGAGACAGUCACAUCUGCAGGUAGAGGCAGCAAACGGCUGUGAUUCUCUGCGUAGCACAGCAAUCCAGGUUGCUGCAAUAAUUUAGGCACGUCAACACCCCCCCCCCAAAUCCCUGUGUAUAUUUUUCCAGUGCAAACCAGUCCCCAUUUCCCACCUCCUUUUCAUGUUUUUAAUUAAGCAGCUUUGUGUUACAACCGCCUAAUCGCAGUGGCUAAUUAACUCCUGCCUUAUCUCUUGGCUCACAUGUGAGGACUCCUGCACCUCGCAGAGCUGAAGCAGUUUCAUGAACCUCCCUGCGAGAUGGAUGGAAAUCCUGGUUGGGAUUUCCUCUGUGCUAAUCCUGUCCCGCUCACCCUCUUUUGCAGCGGAUUUGGAGUCCCACCUUGCCAUGACCCGUGCCCAGCGCGUCCGGGCUGCCAUGUACCCGGAGACGGUAGAGGACCGCUCCCUUCUCAUCACCACCCAAGUGGAAGGGCAGCAGACAAAUGUUCAGCGACUGGCCGAGCCCUCCCAGAUGCUCAAGUCGGCCAUUGUGCAUCUCAUCAACUACCAGGAUGAUGCUGAGCUGGCCACCCGCGCCAUCCCCGAACUCACCAAACUCUUGAAUGACGAGGAUCCGGUAAGGCUCUGGACCUCUGCGGCUUGUUGGAGUCGGUUUGCCUAGCAGAGUGGGUGGUCUGGAGUGUAGUUGGCAUGUCAGUGAUCCCAUAGAUGAAAUGGUGUAUUCUGUGCUUCCACUGAAAUUCUGCAACUUCUCUGCACCGGAAUCUUCAGUUCCAGUCUUCUUCAAUUUACCACCCCACAAAAAAUUACCAAGUGUGCCUAGCUCUUACAACUGCAAAGUUUUUGGCAAUCUCUGGUGAAAUCCUGGAAGCCCAAGAGGCUGAUGAAUAGCAUUGUUAGCACAUAGAACUACUUCAGGCCCCUUGACUGGCCCCCCCCCCAUGACUCGCAGAAGCGGACUGGAUCAUGUAAAGAGAUAAAUGAUUCUGAUUUGUGUAACUAACACAGGGUGCAGAAUUCAGCCACGCUUAGUGUUGAACGCUGGAGCUUUUAGGGCUGUCAUCAUCACCAGCGAUGUGUAAUAUGCAGCAUAAAGAGAGGAGUGUCAUUUUUAAUGUAAAUAAGUAUAUAGGGAAUUUUUAAUUUUGUCUGUCGCGUCCGCCCCUUGGUGUUGAUGUACUACAUCUUGUCUGGUCUUUGACUGCAAUAAAGAUUGAUUGCAGCACAAUAGAACUGGGUGUUCGGCAGAACUCACUGCAGCUCCCUGUUUCGUCCUUUCAGCUCACCUCUUACCUUCAUUCCUCUUAAAUUCGUUGCCUCCAUUCCUUCCAGGUCGUGGUCAGCAAAGCAGCCAUGAUUGUGAACCAGCUGUCCAAGAAGGAGGCCUCGCGCCGUGCUCUGAUGCAGUCCCCUCAGAUAGUCGCUGCCGUGGUCCGAACCAUGCACAGCACGAGCGACCUAGACACAGCCCGCUGCACCACCAGCAUCCUCCACAACCUGUCCCACCACCGCGAGGGCCUGCUGUCCAUCUUUAAGUCCGGGGGCAUCCCAGCUCUUGUGCGCAUGCUCAGGUGAAUUUGCAGCCCUUGGCACAUCCCAUGGAUGCCUUUAAAAUUAUAGGAACGUAGGACACUGCCCUAUGCAGAGUCAGACCGUUGGUCCAUCUAUUGUCUACACUUGGCUGGCAGCAGCUCUCUGGGCUUUAUCCAGGGUUCUGUCCCAGUCGUACUUCUAGAUGCCAAGGAUCCAACCUGGGAGCUUCUGCAUACAAAUCAGAUGCUCUGCUGUGAACUACAGCCCUUCCCCAACCCUACAGGACUUUCUGAAUUUCCAACACUUGGCAGAGCUUGACCCUCACUUCCCCCAUUUUUGGAAGAGCUUUUUCCAAGAGUAAAGCUUGGAAACAAUAUAUAGGACGCCUCUCUGGGCUGCAUUUGCACUAGGUAUUCAGCUCAGGUUUUUGGUGGGUUGUGGUUGCAGAAGUUUAGGGUGGUAUUCAACUAAGUUCAUGUGCUAGCCCAACAGGAUUUCUUUUCCCCCUGCACCACUCCCAGAUCUGCUCUGGUAGGUCAGGAGAAAGUCCAGAACAUAUUUAAAAAGGUGUGGGAGUGGGGAGCAGAGAUCAUUGCACUGAUGGAGCAUCAACCAUAGCAAUACUUUAAAUCUUUGGUUUGUGCCAGGGCUCAGCCCUGAAACCUGUCAUGUCCCAUUGUGCAUGUACAUAAUCCUCUAUAUUACCAACAAGUAAUUACAAGCAACCCACCCACACCUGAUAUUACAGGGCAGGGCCAUAUUUACUUGAUCCUUCUCUAUCUCUUAGCUUUACAAAUAGCUGACCAUGUCCCGGUGGCCGGUUAACUGUCUCUUGAGUUGCGCAAAUAGAACUAAAGCGUACUAACUUCAGCCACCCCCAAAUUCCCAGGCACACCUGAGCAGUAUGCUGCCAGCCGCGCUCUCUUCUCUUAUGCACGUCCUGCUAUUCCUUUGCUAUGCAAGCCUUGCUAGGCACCUGAGCUGCCGUGGCAGCUUGCCAGGUGAACGUCCACACCCAGCUGGCAUAAAAUGGAGCUGAUGAGCAGUUGCCUUAACAUGGAGGCGUUGCCUUUGUUUUUUGAAGCACAAGCCUCAGCGUGCCAUAGCUGAGCCUUGCUCAGUUUCCACUACUGCUUUUCCAGUUUAGAAGUCCUGCAACCACUGCACCCUCUUCGUACCUUGGCACCUUCUUUAAUAGCCUCUCUGUGUGCCACGGUGGGACCGUCAGAGCACAGGGCUUCAUCCUCUGUGGCAGCCCCACAACUGAGUUGGCAGCAAAAUGGUCCCAUCAUCUUGGUGUUGCUCUCAACUGAGCACCCUGAGAAAGGAGAGGAGAAGCCAGGAAGUGGGGAUAUAACUUAGGUGGCUGGCAAGUGCAUAACUUGAUGGCAGAGCAUAUGACUGCUAAGCCAGCGGGCUUUAAGUAUGUUCAGUGAGUCCCACUCUUUUUCCACUUCAGUUCAUGUAUGAAUCAUUGCCUAUCUUGACCCCCUUUGGCUGGGAAUUCAAAUAAUAGAAUUUUUUGUCUUCCAAUGUUUCCCACCCCUUGACGGACAGCUCUCCCGUGGAGUCAGUCCUGUUUUAUGCCAUCACCACCCUUCACAACCUGCUGCUGUACCAGGAAGGUGCCAAGAUGGCCGUGCGCCUGGCAGAUGGCCUUCAGAAGAUGGUUCCCCUGCUGACCAAGAACAACCCAAAAUUUCUUGCCAUCACCACCGACUGCCUGCAGCUGCUUGCCUAUGGGAACCAGGAAAGCAAGGUAAAGGGGGAGCCGUGCCACUAAACUAGGAUGCUUCUCUUACAUGGAGUGCAGGGCAGGAGAGACCCUGGGAUCCAGUAACAUAGGGCCUGAAUUGGUGCUCAUGAUAUAAUCAAGUCUUCCCUACUCAUGUUUGAGUUUGGGUUGCGUCAGUUCUGUCUACAAACAGCAAGGAAAAGGCUACAUUUCAUGGGCUUGGGGGGGGGGGAGGAUGAAAUGGAGAAAACAUGCCCUAAGUUCUGGGGAAACAAUUGAAUGGACAGGUGCCAUUCUCUGUGCACGCCCAGAGAAGCAGGAGAUCAUCGCUCUGUGUGUUUUCUUCUGUAGCUCAUCAUCCUGGCCAACGGAGGCCCCCAAGCCCUUGUUCAGAUUAUGCGCAGCUACUCAUAUGAGAAACUGCUGUGGACCACCAGCCGCGUCCUCAAGGUCCUUUCCGUCUGCCCCAGCAACAAGCCAGCCAUCGUGGAAGCCGGUGAGUGGUUACAGUGGUGGAACGCUUUGUUAGGAGUCUGGAAAAGGGGUGCUUCAUCUGGCGUCACACUUUGCCAUCUUCAGCAGCUGAUGCCUCAAGAGUGUGCUGUGGCAAUUGGUUCUCUUCAUUAACUGUGCAAAGUAUGUUCCCUAAAUUUGCACUUUGCAUUUGAGAACGUGCAAAGCGAUACAGGAAUGCUCAGCUUUCAGUACCUUCCCAGGAACUAGUUCAGCGUGUGCAAAUUGAUUAGAGGAUACUGUUUCUUUAAAAGCUCAGAGCAACCAUGGGUCUUGCAAGUGGGGUUUCCCAGGCACUGAUCAGGGGAACACCAUCGUUGUUUCAUCUUUGCUAUAGACUGGGCAAAUAGCUAGCCUUUCAGUUACAGUAAGACCUGUGCACGGUCGUUCUACUAGUAAGCAAAGAACAUCACACCACCGUCGGGUGCUAAAAGAGUUAGACUUAGAACUUGAACAAGAUCUUUGCCUUUGACAUUCUUAAAUCCUAAGCCCCUGUGGGCAGGACCUGACUUCUUACUUGUGUACAGUGCCUGGUUAUUGUAAGGAUUUUAACAUAAUGCAGCAUUUGGCAAGUCACUUCGCUAGCCUUGGUUUCCUUACCUGUAUAAUUGAAAAAAGCAGUGAUCGGACUUCCUCUUGAGCAUAGUCUUGAACACACAACAAAGAUUUGUGUCAAGGAAAUGCUCUUAGUGUUGCUUCAUUAUAUAUAUCAACCCGCAAAACAUUAAUUAGAGCUGUCGGACUCCCUCUCGCAGCUUGUCUUGGCAGUUUGUGCCAUGCAUGAUAGCAUUGCUGCAGCUGUUCUGUGAGCUACAUCCAGCUUCCUUUCCAGGAGGAAAGACAGGGUUUAAAUGCUAGUUAUUUAGUGGUGGUUUAACACUGUUUGGACACACACUCCUGCUUGUCCAAGUAGCCAAAGUAAAAAUAAAUAAAUUACAAUUUUAUAUCUCUUUUCUUCUUCUUCUUCCUCUCCCCGCCCCCCAACACAUCCCAACAGGAGGCAUGCAAGCUCUGGGAAAGCACCUGACCAGCUCCAGCCCAAGGCUUGUGCAGAACUGCCUGUGGACUCUGAGGAACCUCUCAGAUGUGGCCACAAAGCAGGUGAGCAAGACUGGGCAGGGCCUCAUGCAUUCUGCAGCAGUCUAUUUUCCACGGGCACCUUUAAUUUGAACCACCCGUAAGCCCCACCCAGUAAUUGUGCCUAAUAGUUGCAGAGUCAUGACCAGUAAUCUGCUUCUGUUGGAGGAUCACUUGGAGAAGGGAGUGGAGGAGUGGGGAAUAGGGAAUAGGGCAAGGCUCCAUCCCCAAAGGGCUGCGGAAAAGCCUCGAUGAUCCUUCACUCCUCUUUUUUGCUCUUGCGUUAGCAACUAGGGGGCCAAGUGACAUUCCUCUGUGGCCAUAUUUGGCUUAGGGGAUUCCAGCAGACGACCCUGGCCUUAGGGUCUAGCUAGCUUCUGAUCUGAAGAGGUUGUAGCAAAAUUUCAUGACACUCCUGUUUGAGAAAGGGGAGUUUGAGAGACAAACAUGUUGGAAUACUUCUCCCCACACUCCUUUCUUCCCUUUAACAAAAUUGUCUGGCCCCGUUGUGUUGUCUCAUGACCUUUUCUAUCCCACCCACAGGAGGGUCUUGAUGGUGUCCUGAAGAUCCUGGUGAACCAGCUGAGUUCGGACGACAUCAACGUGCUGACCUGUGCCACAGGCACCCUCUCCAACUUGACCUGCAACAACAGCAAGAACAAGACCCUGGUCACCCAGUCGAAUGGAGUGGAAGCCCUGAUACACACCAUCCUCCGGGCGGGAGACAAAGAGGAUAUCACCGAGCCGGCUGUCUGUGCUCUGAGGCACCUCACCAGCCGGCACCCAGAGGCUGAGAUGGCCCAGAAUUCCGUGCGGCUGAACUAUGGCAUCCCCGCCAUCGUCAAGCUGCUUAACCAGCCCAAUCAGUGGCCGUUGAUCAAGGUAUGAGUGGAGGGAGGCCAUUGGCUGAGCAGUUAUGCAUAUACAUACAUAGUGUACAUUACUUCAACCGUAUCAGGCUCAGAUUGCUAAAGCAGUGGCUUUUCACAUGUUCAGGGAAACAAUCUAGCACAGUCCUAGGAGGCUGUGCCACGUCAGAAUGGGCGGUCAUGGUUAAAUCUUUCUCCAUGUCAGAAACUCUCUGACCAUCACGGAAAGCUACUGUAUUAGGGAUUGUAUUAGUUUAGCUUUCUCCUAUGCGCUUCUCUCUUGGCUGUGCCAAGAGGUUUCAUCAACACCAGGGAGCAUUUGAUCACAUGGGUCUCCAAUAUUUUUAAAAUAUCAUUUUUUCUUUAUUGAAAGUUUAAAAAGUACGUAAUCACAAGUGCACAGAGGAAGAUAAGACGCAAAAGAAGAAGAAGAAAAAGAAGCGGCACCCAUGUAGAAAACAAAACAAAGUGGGGGUGGGGGAUUUGCAUACAUUACAAGAAAUGGUUAUUGUAGUUAACCAGACCAUAACUUAUUAUGGUAUUUAUAUUGUUGAUUUUGUCCAUGGCAAGUUUACGUUUCUACCCAACCUGUUCACGUGUAGUGAGUUUGUACCUAUCUUCAAUCUAAUUGUGGAAGGGAGCUGCAUUUUUAUUUUUCCAGUUCAUCAAUACCCGACUUUUUGCCGCAGUAAGGGUGCAGAGAGUCAAUUCAUAUUGUCCCUUUGUUAGAUUCCAUGUAUUGGGUUUAUAAUUCAAAAUCACAUGGUCUCCAUUAAGGUGGUACAGCCCGCCUAAUACUACUUUCAGCUAAGCUACAGGGGGCUCUUUGCCGCACUGUGGAAUAUGAAUUUGUGUGCUGGGGAAUGAUGCUGUGGAUGUAGGAACGAUGGGAGCAAUCUGCUUAGAUGUUCAAGAUCUGUAUGGCCGGUUGGUAUAACGCAGUGGCUAAGUGCAUUUACCUGUUCGCUAGGAAGGCUUUGCUUCCAAAUUGCAGCUCAGCUGCAAGAUAAUUGGGCAGCCUUCGACAGAGCAGCCUCCUCUGUAAUAUGGGGGUGAUGAAUAACACCAGCCAACCUUUCAUGCUGGUUGUGCAGAUUGCUUAGAUGACGCAAGUGCUGAAGGACGUGGUGCUUUUCCCUUAUAUGAUCUUAUAGCAGGCAUGGGGUCUCUAGGUGCAGAUGGGAGAAGAAAGUCUUCCUCCUGGAAGAAGGUUGAGGGAAGGGGGUUGGUGGGUAUGAGAGAGAGGAAUUGCUCUGUUGGCUAGCCUAAUCCAGUGGUGCUCUUGUGUUUGGUUUUAAUUGGAGCAAAGGCACAGGGACUGCAUUUUUCUGCUCUGUUUUCUGACUUCAAAUGCCAAGGGUGGGGUAGGGAUGGCGAACACCAGCACCUUGCAGAACUACCUGGUUUUGCCCUUGGCCAGCGUCCUCAAGGUGUGCCUCUUUCCUUCUUCUCCAUGCUCAUAGGCUACCAUCGGCCUCAUCCGCAACCUGGCUUUGUGCCCAGCCAACCACGCCCCCUUGCAGGAAGCCGCCGUCAUCCCGCGCCUGGUUCAGCUGCUGGUGAAGGCUCACCAAGACGCCCAGCGCCACGCAGCCGCCGGCACACAGCAGCCCUACACGGUGAGAGGCCAUGGAGGGUUCUGGCUUGGGCAUGGGAACCUAGCUGACUGAAAGCCCCCUUAAUACAGCUGGUCCCUGUUUUCCUUUCAUUUUGCACCUCUGGAGCAAUAGUUACCUUCAGCGUAGCAAUAACGUGGGGUGCAAGCCAAGGAGCAGGCUGCUCUGCAUAUCCAGCCCCUAACAGAUUUCUUUCUCCUUCAGGAUGGGGUGAAGAUGGAGGAGAUCGUGGAAGGCUGUACGGGGGCAUUGCACAUCUUGGCUCGCGACCCCAUGAACCGAAUGGAGAUCUUCCGCCUGAACACCAUCCCGCUCUUUGUGCAGGUGGGCGCAUCCAAGAGGAGGGGAGGAAUGCCAUAGGGAUGUGUGGGUGGGACUUGGCACCCUUGAGUCGGGUAAACUAGACUUGGAGCAGAGAGAAGCAAAUCCCCAUGAAGCUUUCUUGGUGGCUCUUGUCCAAAUUGCCCACCCCCCCAUCUCAGCCUAUUGUUUCCUGCAUUCUAACUUCCAUUUCCAUUCUAACUUCCUCAAAAGAAAGGCAGGAUACUUGGGUGAUGUAAUCAUAAGGUCCUUUGAAAGCACCACCUGUAUUCUCUUUUUAAAAAAAUAUUUUUUAUUCGGUUUCACUUUUAACAUUUGCAUUCAUAUAUAAAUCAUGGUCAUAUAGAAAUAGGAUUCUCUGAAUCCCUAGAGUUCCCUUCACGGGUUCCAUAGUUACCGUAUUUUUCGCACCAUUGGACGCACUUUUUCCCUCCUAAAAAGGAAGGGAAAAUGUCUGUGCGUCUUAUGGAGCGAAUGUGUGGUCCCUGGAGCCAAAUCGCUGUUGCCCUGCGCUGCUGGGGCGCUCUUCAGGGGUGGGGGGAGGAGCCACGGUGCUCUGCCAGCAGCCUCUGCUUUCGCCUGAAGCUCUGACAAGGUUUGCAAGCAGAGGGAAGGCUGUGCGCCUUUGCCCCGUGCUCCUGGGGUGCUCUUUGGGGGGGGGGGAGCCACACUGCUCUGCCUACAGCCUUUGCUUUCCCCUGAAGCUCCGACAAGGUUUGCAAGCAAAGGGAAGGCUGUGUGCUCCUGGGGUGCUCUUUGGGGGUGGGGAGCAGCAAAUUGCUGUCUCUCAGUGCCUCCUAAUUCAACUGCAAAGGAUUGCCUAACUGGAAUCUGAGCUCCAUUUGAAGUUUAAAAAUAUUAAGUUUGGGGAUUUCUUCAAGUAGCAGUUUUGCAGAAAUAGUCAUAAAUACAUGCAAAGCAUCUCCACAAACCAGUAAUAGUGAGCUCAGCUAAAACCGAGCAGGCAUCUGGCUCAGGAACAGUUUAAACUACACAACUAUAACCGGACAUCCUGUGUGUUUGUGUGUGGACCAUGUUCCUAGCAGCUAAUCUUUAUUGCUGAAAAGAGGCACUGAUAUUCCACUCCAAAUCUAUAAUUUAUUAUACAAAUUCUUACAAGUACAGUCCACCUAUACCAAACCAAAAACAUUGUGUUCUCUUGUUAUUGAAUGGAAGCUAUUUAUCUGCCCUCUUUUCCUCCUCUGUUCUUUGCUGAGUAACCCCAUUUUGAAUCUUCCUUUCAAAACAACCAUGCCUGUUUUGAGAAAACUUCAGAGAUUUAGGAACUGGAGCACAAUCAUUUGAUCUCUUUGCUAUUCCUCCAUACUCCAAGCACUUCUCAUUUGCACAGCCCUGGUUUCUCUCCUGACUAUUAAUAUUCUUGAUUAAUAACAGUAAAAUGCUCAAAUUUUAAUUUUUGUGACUGCUGCCAAUACUGACUUCCCAGUGAUAAUGAAAACAGCUACAUUAUAAUGGAAUGUCUGUCCUUUUUCCAUUCUCUUCAUUAUAUACCGUGGCUAGCUUUAAAGCAGCAAAGUGGACAGGAGCCACACACUUUGCUGUUUUAAAUAGUUUAGUACAACAUUUGAGUCAGAUUUUUUUUUUCUUAUUUUCCUGCUCUAAAAACUUGGUGCGUCUUUUGGUCAGGUGCGUCCUAUGGAGCGAAAAAUACGGUUUUCUUUUUUCAACUGCAUCGUAUAAUGUUCUCUGUAUUUCCUUAAAACUCAAUUGUUACCAUAGUUCUUGAUACAUUGCAAGUGUUGUUAAAAUCCUGCCAAUGUUUUUAAUCGUUUAUAGUGUUCUUCUAAAUAGCUUAUAAAUUUCCCCCAUUCUUCAUUGAAUUUGUUGUCUUCUUGGUUUCUGAUCUUCCCAGUCAUUUUUGCCAUUUUGGCAUAGUCUGUCAUCUUUGUUAACCAUUCUUCUCUAGUAGGGACUUUGUCUUCCUUCCGUCUCUGGGCCAGAAGUAGCCUUGCUGUGUACAUAAACAGUCUUUUCUGCUCCUUUGGUAUUUCUGGACCUAACAUUCCUAAUAAAAAAGCUGCUUCUUUUUUUACAAAAGUUAUUUUAAACUUUUUUUCAACUCAUUAUAAAUCAUUUCCCAAUAUGCUUUCGUUAUCUUGCACGUCCACCACAUAUGGUAGGAUGCGCCUUCUUUCUCUGCAUUUCCAGCUGAUAUUUGCAGCUGUUCUAUAUAUUUUUGUUAAUUUAGUAGGAGUUAGGUACCGUUGGUACCUAGCAUCACCUAUAUUCUCAAGUCCUUGCUCAUCUCCCUAUCUUGCUUGUGUAGUUUGGCUUGAAUCAGGUUUUUUUUGUGUGUGUGUGUGUUCUUGCCAUUUAAUAACAACAACAAUUGAAUGUUUGCCAUGCACCCACCGCACCUAGGCAUUGUAUGUAAAGUAGGGUUUCGUAGUCCUUUGCUAGCAGGGACACGAUACACAAGGAACGUUGAGGAAGGGCAGGGAGCAAAACGGAAUGAAAUAGAAAACAUUCUCUUGCUUACACUUCCUGCCUUUGUUCGCUUCCCCCCUGACCGCAGCUCCUGUACUCUCCAGUGGAAAACAUCCAGCGUGUGGCAGCUGGUGUUCUGUGUGAACUGGCGCAAGAUAAGGAAGCAGCUGACGCCAUUGACGCAGAGGGGGCCUCAGCACCGCUGAUGGAGCUCCUCCACUCCCGGAAUGAAGGCACAGGUAAUGGGCUGUGUGCGCGCAUUUCUCCCUCUUAAGAUACAGAGUUCUGUGUGGUUCCCUUUGCUGUUGCAUGCUCCAGCUUCCUCCAUUCAACAGUUCAAUUAGCUUAAUUACCUAGUGUUGAAAAUGCGUUAGAACAAACAUUACAAGAGUGAUUAAAUGUGUGAGAGUGGCAAAUGGUUUGGGGUUUGUAUAUAAAAGGCAGCAUGGGCUUACUCAGAGUUAAGUGAUUCCAAGCAGGCAACUGUUUCCUCUCUGAGAAAGGAAAAUGCAGCAUUUGACUUUUCCAGUGAAAUGGAAUCCAUUAAAAGGAAGAUGAACAAGGACUGUGUUGGAUCUCAAGCUCGUCCGUAGUUUAGCACGACACAGACAGGGCCAAACAAAUUCCAGCAAGCCUUAGAUUGCAUGCUCCCCUUUCUCUCAUCCUCCUUCUGAGUUGCUGGGAGGAAAAGGUUUGGAAGCUUUCACUUCAGCUUUUGCAUAACUGCUUCCUCUUGUCCAAACUUGGGAUUGUGGUUAGUAUUAACUGAAGCAAUGAUUUCAAGUUGGCUUAUUACAAACAAGCCAUAGUUAUUGUUCACAUUGCACUAAACUAUGGCUUAGUGUGAAGCCUGAAUGCAGCCAACGUUUUUUCUCUGGGAACAUGUCCAACUUGGAGAAAAACAACUGAUGAAAGUUGUUCCAUGGUCUGGUCCAGUCCUAUUUUAUUCACUAUUUUCGUUGGAGAUAAAAAUUGGAAGAGACUUGUUGGUGACCAGUGAUCUUUUUAAUGCGAUAAAGGAUCCAGGAGUUAUGCAAGGAUUUAGCUGGGUGACCUCAUGAACUGAGCAAUAGAAAUUUGACAGUGAAUAGUACAGAGUAUGAGGGUGUGUAUUUUAUGACAGUCAGCUGGCUGUAAAGUCAGAUGAAUAAGGAUAUUGGUUGCAAAAUGCCUGUGAGCUACUGAUGUGAUGUAGCAGACACUGAAGGCAGUUCUCGGAUUCACUGGGCUUUUCUAGCAAGGAUAGAUGAGGCAAAGGAAAAGGAAGCCGAGAAAAUUAAAAAGGAAUAAAAUCCACCAAGGUGGUAAAACACAGCCAUUGCCAACAUAGGUGUUAACAAAAUGGGAGAUUUGCUAAAGGGCCUCUUGAUUUCACCCCCUCUCUCCCUCCAGCUACAUACGCAGCAGCUGUGCUGUUCCGCAUCUCGGAAGACAAGAACCCGGACUAUCGGAAACGCGUCUCUGUAGAACUUACCAAUUCACUCUUCAAACACGAUCCUGCCGCUUGGGAAGCAGUGAGUGUCUAUAAUGUUUUGGCAGGGAAGGGCUAGUGUGACAACUUGGAGCCAGAGCAGACCUUGCCCCCCACCUUCCCCCAGUCUUCUUACUCACCUUCAGUUUGCUUGCAAAAUGUAUAUUCUUAUUUUGGACAGUUGAUGAAUGACUUCUGGAAAAUCAAGGUGCGCAGAGUACUUAAAGUUGACGGUAGUGUUGUAACAUUCAAUAUUGGGACUUUAGGAAUAAAUAAACUACCCCACAGCAUUCAAAACUUGAAGAUAUUUUGGAAUCUCAGGCACCUGAAUCUCACUUCAUACUUGCGCAAUUUGGUCCUAACAUACCGUAUUUUUCCGUCUAUAAGACACCCCCUAUUUUUGGGGACUCUGAUUUAAGAAAAAAUAUGUGUAUUUUACUAUCCGUGUAUAAGACACUGUGUAUAAGAUGCCCCCAAAUUUUUGACAUUAUUUUUUACGGGGGGAACCUAGACUUAUACACGGAAAAAUACGGUAAUUGGUCAUAAGAGAACUGGAAGGGGUUACUGGGUCAUCAAGACAAACCCUUUGCCUGUUGCAGGGACCCUGCUUCAAGCAGUGUUAUUAGAGAGAGAGAAAUGCCCCACCUCUUCAUGUUCAGUGGUGUUAACAGCCUUGGACAAGGGUUCAAAAUUUAACUUAAGUGUUUGGCCCAAGACAAUCGCCUCAUGAGGUGACUCCCACCAUAGCAGUGUUGUUCCAGCUGUGUUCUAGGAAAACCUAUAUUUGUUCCUGCAUCACUCUUGGGACCAAAGAACACAUUUCCCAGGAAACUACCUUUCGAUCUAGCGAUUUAUUUAUUUAUUUUUAAAUUAAGUCCAGCAGUGGUUUCGGGAGGGAGGGGUGUUGAGUGCUCUCCUCCAGGAAAAAUGGCGCCUGUGGGAGCAAUUUCCAUCAGGAGAACAGCAUGAGAGUAAAAGGCUUGCCCUCUUCUCCUUUCCCUCCACCAAACUGCUUCACUGCUCCAAUCACUUUGGCACCUGCUCUUGAUUAGAAACUAAAAUGCUAGGCCAUGCAGCCAUAGCUGCUUCCAUGACAUGUGAAUCGGCCCUCACUCCACAUGGGCCAGUGGCAAGACAUAAAAUACCCUGGUCAGCAUCCCAUGUGACCUUGAAUGUACCCAACUUCCUUAAAGUAACCUAGUUGGAUGUUUGCCCAACCCAUUGUUUGGUGGCCUCCAGUGACCUGUUGUCAUCAUCCUUUCCCUGAAGCUCUUGUUUCCGUGUUUUGUUACCCACUAAAGUUAAUGUGUUUUUUUCUGCCUGGCGAACAAUCUAAACCUGAUUGGCCAAGUUCAGGACAGUGGUUGGAAUCAUUUUAGAGAGCUUCACUUGCAUGAAUAAUUUGAAAAUGGUCAAAGUGGCCAAAGGGAGUAACAGUACAUUAAAAACAGUCAGAGAGGCCUGCUCAUGGUGGACCACUUGCUUAGCAAGUAUAGCCUCCAAGCCUCUACCCCGGGACAGAAAAGCCUGUGUCUCUCUAUGUUACACCCAUCAUGCCUGAUCAUUGACCAGCCAUCUGGGGCUGAUGGGAGUUGGAAUCCCAUCUGGAGGGCACAGGUUCCCCACCUCUGCUGUAUCCCAUCAACUCUGGUUUUGGGGUGGUCACUUACUCAUGGGCUAGGAGUUCAGCAGACUGGGUUUUCUCUCAUCAAGCAUUUGUGGAUCCAGGGAAUCCACUCCCACCCUGGUUUCUGGGCAUGGGCAACCCAGAUGUUUGCAGCUCUCUCAGCGGCACAAACUCAGCUAAAGAAGAUACUGGCCCACAAAGCGGUUGUCCUGAGGUUGUCAUGGGAAACCUGAGUUUAGAAUACCCCAAGAGCAUCUUUGGGUUAACUUGUGGUCUCAGCAAGGCUUCUGCUACCAUGUUGUGUGAACAUCUGUCUCUUCUCCACAGGCCCAGAGCAUGAUACCCAUUCAUGAGCCAUACGCAGAUGGUAAGUACGAGCUGCCAGCCUUCCUGUCCCUAGGUCCCAAUUUCUAGGAGGUGGGGAGGUGGGAGCUGGCUCAGAGCAAAGGAAGCUUGGUGAGGCACUGCCCAACUUUCAUCAACAAACCAGCCUUCACUGCCUGCUCUCCUAUAACAUUUAAGCACAUGGGACCUUCUCCUUUUCCGUUGCAAUAGAGCUGGAUGGAGGUUACCGCAGCAUGUACCCCUCCGACAUCCCCAUGGAUCCUAUGCAUAUGGACAUGGACAUGGACGGGGACUAUCCCAUGGAUGCGUACAGUGAUGGCGUGCGGGGCGCUUACCCGGACCAUGUUCUUUCCUAAGGUGCUCUUUGGGCAGGGCUCAAGGUAAGAGCAUCUCCAGAUGCAUUUUGGAACCGGACAGUGAGUUGAAUCAAAAUCCAACAGAGAAUGGAGACAGUAUGCUUGUUCCUGGGGGAACAAACACUCUGCGCCCUUUUUAUUUGCCUGCAAAAAUGACUCUCUGUUGUUGUGUUUUCUCUGCUCCAAAUGAAAAUUGAUAACCUGCAGGUGUGAUUUCUCUAGAGAGGCCUGGAGAAAAUCCUGAGCUAAAAUCAAGGGAGACACGAGGAUUAAUUUUUAAGCCCAGUUCAAAUGGCAUGGUAAAUGAGAAUUCGUCUAGACUCACUCACACACACCAUUUUUCUCCUGUGCAACCGCAGCAAGAAGUUUGAAGUUUUUGCUUAACCGUAGCAUGUUGUGUCUUCUGAACCAAGAAACUACCGUAUUUUUUGCUCUAUAAGACUCACUUUUCCCUCCUAAAAAGUAAGGGGAAAUGUGUGUGCGUUUUAUGGAGUGAAUGCAGGCUGUGCAGCUAUCCCAGAAGCCAGAACAGCAAGAGGGAUCACUGCUUUCGCUGUGCAGCGAUCCCUCUUGUUGUUCUGGCUUCUGAGAUUCAGAAUAUUUUUUUUCUUGUUUUCCUCCUCCAAAAACUAGGUGCGUCUUAUGGUCUUGUGCGUCUUAUAGAGUGAAAAAUAUGGCAAAUGACAUUGACUAUCAUAUGUUUGAAACAAGUCAGCUUCCAAAUGUGGCACAUGAAACUUGGCUUGCUCUGCAAACCUUGGUCAAACGUUAGCCGCAGUUGUUAGGAUUCAGAUGUAACACUAAACUGUGGUUAACUGAAAUUGGAAGGAACAGCUUUCAAGAUCCUGCUGGCUGUGCUGGAGGGGAGAAGAAAGGAGGGGGAGCCUUGGCUUGUUUCCUGUCAUGGUAUCCAAGCAUGGCCUUUGUGUGGUGGUCUCUCCCCACCCCCAAUUCCUAGACAAAAUAAAGCUUUGCAGGUUUGCUACAAGCAGAAUAUUUUGUUGGGUCAGACCAAAUGUCCGCCCGCUCCAACUGUUUAUCUCCCAGCAGCCUCCAUCCAGUUGCCCCUCUAAGACAUGGUAGGGCUCCUGCGACUUGUCCCUAGCUUCUAGUACGAAGAGAAAUAAAUACUGCUGUUUCACUUUUGGCUGCUGUGGCUAAUGCUCAUUAGUAGACAAGUCCUUUGCAAAUUUGUCCAAAAGUUCUCCCAUUGUGUUGCCUCCAAAGUUGCUUAUUUUCAACACCUACUGGUGGAACGGCUAUUCCGAAAGAGAGAGAAAUCUUUGUGCCUGAGAUCUAGAAAUUUGCCAGUGCCUAAAAACAAAAGGGGUUGUUCUUGAUAACCUGACUGCCAAACUGUCUUCCUGGCAAAAAUGGAGGUUGCUACUCAAUUGACAAGGAAGCAAGAGACCUUUUGGUCAUCAGACAAGGCUACUGGGCUUGAUGGACCAAGCAGUCUGACCCUGAUAUAUAAAGCAGCUUCCUAUAUCACAAACAGAGACAUGCUCUCUAGCAUUGCUGAGUUCUUUGUAUCUUGCAAAUCUGACAUGCCCUUCUCUCCCCCCCCCUUCUCUUGCUCCACAGAUGUUUUCUUAACACAGAAGAGGGCAGCCUCAGUGCUCAACUCCGGGGCACUUGGGAGACAGAAGUGCCUGAGAAAGAUGACAAACUCUUCCUUUCCCUGCGAGGAGGUUUUAUUUUCUAAAACGAAACCAUUUCCCCCUCCUGUGGGCCUAUGGGAAAGACCUUCUCCCCAGACCCCCCUACCCAGGACUGCUUCUAACAAUCUUGUAAUAACUUUUUAUCGGCAGUCAGCUCCUUUCCCCCCAACUUUAAUCAACCUCUCCCGUUUAUCCCUCUGCCGCUUCACCAAACUUUCCCUAAAUCUGGGAAGCAUUCUCAAAACUGCCAUUGGGUCCUUAUACGAGUAUUUUUCAAGCACACACACACACACAAACUCCCCUCACCCCAGCCAUUUGUGGUGCAAAACUAACUCUUUGCCAUUUUAGAUAUAUAUAUAUAUAUUCUCCCUUGUUUGUACUUCUAAUGCGUUGUCAGCUAGGAAGUGAAGAAAACAAUUUCCCCUUUCUCUCUUCUACUUUUUUUUUAACUUUCUGGGUUUUAUUUUUAAAUAAAGAGCAGCCAAUGGGUGUGAGAGUUUGCCAAGAAAUGAACAGCUUUGCAUUUCCCAGCGUCUUCAUUUGUUUUUUAGCCCUUGACAAAUGUCUCUGUGGGCUUUGGCGCCCCAGCUGAAGAAUCUCUUAAGCCCUCCUGCAAAGAGGAACAACUAACCAUUUUAAGAAAGCUGUCCUUCUACUGACCAUCUCUUGCACAUUUUUAACCCCGAGUUGUCCUCCUUUUCCUCUCUCCUCCCCUCCCCUCCCCCCACCCUUCCUGGUGAUUGGCGUGUUUCUCUUCCUCCUCCCCCCUCCCCCAACCCUCUUCCUCCUUCUAAUGCAUUUUUAAAAGCAGCUCUCUCAAUGUGAUGGCUUAAGGCUUCCACUGGAAAAGGGAUCGAUGUAGCUGCAAAUGUACUUCAGAAGAUUUUAUUAUUAUUUCUCUAAGGGAUUUUUUUGUAUAGACCAAAGCUUAAAAAACAAAUAAAAACUUAAACCCAACCCUGCAAUGCAAAUGGGCUUGAUUUCUUUGUGUUAACAUUAGCUUCUGAGUGGCAGACUGGAAUUCUGAAGAGGGGAAGACGGCUGAGUGGAAGGAAGGGAGAAAGGACAAUGGAAGAAUAUGCCCGGAUGCAGUUUAUAAGUGCUCAGGCCUUGUUUCAUUGGGGAAAUGUAGGGUUGGCCCAACAGCCUAGUGGAAGAGGCGACUUUGAGAACUAACUAGGAUUGUAAUAGAUAUAUAUAUAUUGGGAAGCUGAUCAACUUGCUUGAUUAGGCCAGGGGAAAUUUAUUGGAGAGAGAAUGAAAAAAAGCAUGGGCCUCUCUGAAUGGUGCGCUUUGUGUGCGAGCUUGUAAAUAGUUUGAGUUUCUCAAAAAUAAAUCAACAUAGAGGUUUGGGGCACGCUAAACAUUCUGACUUUAACUGGUUUUAAAUGCAGGUUAAAUAAUUUUUUGGGUGCAUUGGCUUAACUCAUCAGGUGUGCAAGAGUAGAACUUUCAGAAUCAGAAGCAGCUGUUGGAAUAUGUGAAUUUUCUUUUUUCACGUAAUCUACUUUAGCGGUAACAUUACCUUCCUGAAGGUGGAGUUCCAUAUAGCCCAAACCACACUGGGACUUUUUUAAUUGCUUUUAAUUCCAUCAGCUGUCCAUAAACCUUUGCACCAACCAACCCUGUUAACUGUUCUUCCCAAGGAGAGGCUGUCAAUUAAAAAUGUGUAAAGUUGGUAAGGAGGGGGAAGAGUUUAACAAGGCCAGGUAUCAGGGAGGUCUGCCUGUUAAUCCUUAAAAUAAGCAUGAUUUGGUGACUGCAGCAGAGAAAUGCAUGCCGUUCACUAUGCAUUUUAGGAUUCAGCUCUUGAUGCUGGAAAUGGGGUUCAAGAGCUUGGCUCUGCUGAUGUCCUUGGGAUACCGUUGAAGAAACUGUGUGUUUAGGCUUCCCAUAAGAAUUGUGUCACAUAUACAGAACAAAAGUUGCUACACCAGUCUGCACCUUGCAGUAGUAUGGUUGAACGUUAACCAGUCUCCUGGUGCCCUGCCAACCUGUGAAGUCAUCUGUUUGAUUGUAGUUCUGGUCUCUGCACACCAUUUCCGGAGCGAUGCUGGCUGAAGGUCAUCUCACUCCCUUUCCUGUUCCUGGCCUUAAAAGCCAUGGUUAUUUUUUUCACUUUUAUCCACUCUUCCAUGUUGACACUGGAUCUCCCACCCAGUGCAGGUAUGGGUGGACUAGAUGCUACACUUAAACCACACACCGUAAUUGCCCACUAAAGUUGUCCAAAUCCUAUGUCACAGAAAGAAUUCUACAAAUCGGUACAAAGGAUGCAAAUGAACAGAUGGGUAGGCUUGCUUGGCAUAGUUUUCUGCCCUGAGAUCUCUUGAUGAAGGGUGGAUAUGAAUAUAAUAAAUAAAAAUAAAAUUGUUUAUUAUG